UCUCGCUCUCGCGGCGUUGCCAGACUGUGCGUGCAACAAACGCACGUGUCCCACUAUUUUGUCGGGGUGGCUGAUACCACCACCGCCAUCCACCUGUGAUCCGAUAGGCUCCUCCUCUUUUGACUCUCUCUCUCCCCACCCACACAGGUAGACAACAAACAGCUCGUACACGUACCUCUCUCUCUCUCUCUGCUGUUGACUCUCCAUACUUUACCUGUGCAGUUCGGGAGCGUGAAACUAGUCAACGGCCGUGUGUCUGGCCGACUUGUUGGUUUCCCCUCCGCCGAAAAAUUUUCUCUCACCUGUGAUUUCUUAGACAUUCCGUUACUUUUAUUUUUAAAUAUUUCCGUCCCAUUUCCCAAAUUGAUUUCAUUUCGUGAUUUCCAUCGAGUGCUUUCAAUCAUUCCUAAUCCGGGCGCCAAUUCAUUGCUUCAAUGAUGGAAAGCAACAGCCCCGGUGGUCAAUCCGGCGGAGUAGCAGGAGGAGAUGAGGAGAUGAAGAAGAAACAAGAGGCUCGUCGGGCCCGGUCCCGAUCCAGGACCAGAACGGGUCUGUCGUCGAGGGUCAAUUUUUUCGAAUCGGGCGCCCAGGAUCGCAACCGGAAGCGAUCGCCCAGCAAGUCGUUUGAUCGCACCGACAGCAGCUUGGAUAUCUCCAUGGAGGAUUCCGGAUCGGGAAAAUUAGAGGAUUCCGUCUUUGAUCAAUCGGAAAUCGACCAGCUGGAACGGGAAAUCAUUUUACGCCGGCAGCGGCUGUCGCGACGGGAAGACGAAGAGGAACGCCAACGACGUCCGGCCGUUUCGCUUCGCCGGGUCGUGUCGCCGGUCCGGGUCGAAUCGGUGGCCAUGGCCUCCUCCUCUUCUUUCCAUUCCGCCACACAUCAGGUGGUCAAUCAGCAAUUCGCAACUGAAGUUUACAUCAGCAGCUGGACGGAGCGGACCGCCGCCUCCAGUGGGGGACGUUCUUCCGAUCCGGCCAUCAAGACGCCACCCACUCCACCGCCCCGCGACGUUUCGCAACCCCCCUGGCGUUUAGCCCGUCGUUCCGAACCCGCAACAACGACGGCGGCCACUCCGGAAUCAUCGACUCCUCCGUUCGCUUCUCCGACGACGCCGACGUCGGCGUUCACAAAAUACCAAGAAUGGCGAACCAGACGCUUGACGAGCGCCGAAUCGGCCGAUCAAGUCGCUCCAUGGCGGAAGCAGCAGCAGCAGUCGCGUAGGGAACCAGGCCAGCCGGACACUAGUCCGUUUGGCGAAGUCAUCACGUUGCGUCGAGCCUCGGCUACCACCACCACCGCCACUAAUAAUAACGAGAGCGGCGAACAACAGAAUUCGCCGUCAAGUUCGCGGAAGAGUUCGCAACUUCCGCCUUGGUAUUCCGAGUACCGCACAGCCUCCCUGUCGCAAACGGCCUCGCGGAUGGAGGGUUUCCGUGUCGGUGGAAUCAAAACCCAUUACGAUUUUCACAUAACUCAAAUCAAAGAUGAGCAAGAACGGGUGCAAAAGAAGACCUUCGUCAACUGGAUCAACUCGUACCUCUCGAAGCGAGUUCCACCGCUUCGAGUGGACGACUUGAUCGAAGAUUUGAAGGACGGCGUCAGACUCAUUGCACUGCUGGAAGUCCUGGCCAACACCAAACUGCCAGUGGAGAAGGGCAAAAACAUGAAGAAGGCUCACUUUCUUAGCAACGCCGAUACGGCCAUGAAUUUUCUACGCUCCAAACAGAUUAAGUUGGUGAAUAUCAACCCGUCAGAUAUCAUCGAGGGAAAGCCCUCGGUCGUCCUUGGUUUAAUAUGGACAAUCAUUCUUUACUUCCAAAUUGAAGAAAACACAAAAAUAUUGGAGCUGGGCGUCCGUCCCAGCAGUUGUAGCAGUCUAGAGAGCAGCGCCGCGAGGGCCAGCCCAGCCCAGCUGCAACCACAAUAUCAAACAGAGAAGAGGUCAUCCCCUGUUCAGGCGGAAGCCCGACAGCCCGCACGUGAUAGGACAGGAGCCCGAAAAGCACUCCUCCAAUGGGCCCAAAACGCCACCAAACAAACCACCGGUGUGGUGGUGAACGAUUUUGGAACAAGUUGGCGAGACGGGACGGCCUUUAUCGCCAUCGUCAAUUGCAUUCAGCCGGGCGCCAUCGAUGCGGAAGCGUACCGCAAUGCACCUAAUCGAGUGCGACUGGAAGCGGCCUUCCAGGCGGCCGAACAGAAUUUGGGCGUCGCCCGUCUCCUGGACUCUGAAGACGUGGACGUCAACAAACCCGACGACAAAUCCAUCAUGACCUACGUGGCCCAGUUCCUUCACAAAUAUCCGGAGCCGAGCAAAGGUAAAAAGCCGGGCGAAUCCGGCGGCGGGGCUCCUUCGCUGGAACAGCAACAGUACCGCGAUUUCGUGGCUUGGCUCAACAGCAAAAACUCGUUGCUGGAACAACUACAAGGCGGCAAGGGCUACGGUCUCGAGUACAAGGAUUACGAGCAGCUCAAAACGGAAUUUGAAGCCCAGCAUCGCGUGCUGGAGCACUUGCGGGCGGUGGUUCACCAACCUGGACGCGGCGUGCCCGGUGUGACUUACGAGUCGUGGCAGCAAGUCGAACUUUCAUGGCAGAAAUUAGAGACGCAGCUGCGCCACUGGCAAUGGACGCUGGACACGAGCUUACCGGGCGUGCUGGGCCAGGUCGGCGAGUGGCUCAACAACGCCGAGCAUCUCCUCUGCUCCGAGGACGUGCCGCCCAACUUUGACGACGAGGCGGCCAACGCUUUGAAAGUCAAAUUAGAUGAGCAUAAACAUUUUUUCGCCGAAUUGCCGGCCAUUAAGGCGGCCUUUGAAACCGCCGUUAGUGAUGCCCUGCCGGCUGGCGUGUCUGCUGGACAGAUCCAGGACAUUGCCGCCCGUCUGCAAGCCUUACCGGAGCGCGCCGGCCAUCGGGCGUGCCGCCUUCGCUUCCUGGAACAUAAAUGCUGCAUUUUGGCCUUUUUGGAUUUGACCGAAACCAAGCUCAAAUCGUGGUCCGUCCGCUACGGCACCGAAGAGACCAUCAUCCUCAUGCUGGAGCAGUACCGUGCCUUUGUCUCGCGCAAUAAACUCUUCCACGAGUUCGAGAAAGCCUUUGCCGAAAUGCAGCAGGUCGCCGAAGAGUACAAGCGCGACUCGCGCGCCAUGGAACUCCGUGAACUCAACGAGAUUGACCAAUUCAUUUACAGCUCGGGCGAAAGGUGGCGAGCCCUUUCCACCGGUCUCCGCUGCGCCCAGGGAAUCCUCGAAGAAGUCUUGACCUACUGGAAGCGAUGGAACGUUCAGUGUCCCACAUUCGAGCAGUGGCUCGACGUUGCCGAACCCAUGCAGCACGGCACAGACUCCGAAGAAGAGAAAAUGGAAUUCUUCCAGGAUAUCGGGACGUGGAAGGAGAAGUACGAGCAGCUGGGAGAGACGGCGGCCUUUUUGGUCACCACUUGCGAGCCCGGCAUUUCCAGAUCCAUCAAAAUGCGCAUCGACGAAAUCACGAAGCGCUGGGAACUGCUGUUCGAUCGCGUCCGGCACUACCUCCACGCCGGAGAGAUCCAUCGCCACCGCAAAGAGUAUCGCCUGGGAUCGGAGAAAUUGGAGAAGUGGAUCGUCCGAGCCAAUGAACUUUUGUCUUCGGUUCCAGUCGGCAAUUUGGACGCGAUGAAGCGCUACGGCGACGAAUUGCAACAUCUCUACUCCACCACCGAUGAAAUGGAGCAGGUGCUAAAGGUCAUCAGUCGCCACUUUCAAUCGCUGGUGUCGGAGCUCAACACGGAAGAGCUGCAGGUCACCAGCAGUUCACUGAAACGACAGAAGGAGACCCUGGUCCGCAUUAGAGCCCUGAUUGCCGUGCGGAUUCAACAAUACCAUCAACUGCGCACCCAGAAAGAAUCCCUGGAAGUCGGGAUCGUUGAGAUUGAAAACUGGCUGACUGAGGCCCAAAAAGCCCUGGAAUCGUUGAACAACCUGGACACGGAUCUAGAAGCCACUGCCCAGGGCCUGGAGAAACAUCAGGCAUUCUUCUCCCGACUUGUCAACUACAAAUUGUUGCUGGACGACAAGUGGAAAGUGUUUGAAACCAUGAUCAGAUCCAGCCCGGCUCUGCCCUCUCAAGGUCCCAGUAGCGACGAUGAGGACUUGAUGGCCACCCGUCAGAAACUGGAAUAUUUGACGGCCGGGAUUGAAGAAGUCACGAACGAUUCCCAUCAAUGGGAAGUCCGUCUAAUGGACGGCAUUCAAGCCUGGAGAUAUUACCAGGAAUCUUUGCGAUUGGCGACGCAAUGGAUCCAUCGUGCGGAAUCGCUUCUCAUGGCUGAGAAGAACGCCAACGCCCAACAAUCGCUGGAAUUGCACGCCGCUUUCUUCAAUUCGAUCGACGAACGUCUGGUCAACAACCUCCAAACUUCAUCCGCACAGUUGCUGCAAUGGCUUCCGGCCGACUCGAUGCGGAAGAUGACCGUAUCGGAUGCUGCCGAAACGACGAUCGAGAACUGGCGACGUCUCAUCGGCUUGGCUCCUGUCCAUCGCAUGAAACUGGAAUUCUUGCUGGACCAAGACGCUUUUGCGCAAUUGGCCCGCGAUAUCGACAACCAAUUGGUGGCCGAACAGCAGGCGCUGGCCCUCAACGGCACCAACACGGCGCAGUUAUUGCAAGAACAUCUUGCCUGGUUCGGAACGUCAGCUGGACCGGUCGUUGGUCAAGCCCGCGUCUUAGUGGAGCGACUGGAACACACGGCGGCGUGCAUUCCCGACCUGGAAAUCCAGCAGGCCUUUGAGAACGUCCGCAAUCAGUGGAACACGCUGAUGCAGCGGGCCGAUUGGCUCCUCGGCCAGCUACAGGCCAUCCCACAAAAGUGGAGCGAAUACGAAACUAAUUUCCAGGACAUGGUCAAAUGGAUGGACAAUGUGGACAAAAGUGUGGCCAGCAUGUCGGUCGAUGCAAAGUCGCUGGAUAAUUUCAACCGUCUCCGCGAGGAGUUCCAGUCGACCUGCAGUGAUGUAGACGCCCGGCGUGAAAGCAUGAAGUGGCUAGUUCAGCGACUUGAUUCCAUGCUGAGCUACAAGUCGGAAGAAGAAGGCAACACUGCCCAGCAUCAGUUGGAAGAACUGAUUGCCUGCUACAAGAAUUUGGUGCUGGUCAUCGAAGCGACGCAAGGCAAAAGCGACCUCCUCGCCAAGUGCUACACCUGCCGUCAAGACGUUCAAAAGGCUUGCCUUUCUUUGCAAGCCGUCCAGCCGUCCAGUCCAGCGGAUCAAGAAAGCAGCGAUUUGUUAUCGCUGGAUGACGACAUUCAGAAACAAGAGGCCGUGGUCAAACAACUCGACGGACAGCGAGUGGCCAUCGUCAGUCUACUGCAACGAGGCAAAGAUUUACAACAUCACGCAGGAGCACCGGAAUUCCUGGCCGAACAAGUCCUGCAACUGGAAACAGUCUGGAACUAUACUUUCGACAUGGCGAACGAAAAAUUGAAGAAACUCAAAGGAUCUGGGCGCUUGUGGCGGGACUAUCAGGAACAAAAGGCCGACAUCAAUCAAUUGCUGCACAAGGCGGAAGAGGAAUUGAAACAGAGUUAUUCGAAUUUCGAUCCGCUCAAGAUCGGCAGCGAGCUGAAAGCCCGUCUCGAGGCGGGAGUUGAGAUGCGCCAAGCCACCGAAGAAAUGCUGAAGAAGAUGCGCCACAUCUUGGACGAUUUGAGCAACUGUGUCACUGUCGAGCAGCGCCGUGCGCUAGAAGAUGAAUUACGUGAGAUUGAGAGGCGGACUGAAUCCAUCCGUUCACUCAGUCUGGACAAAAUCGCCUUGCUGGAUGAAUUCAGCUCGCGAUUGAAGACGCUAAUGGGCCAGGUGGAAUCCAUCGUCAACUGGCUUCAAAUGGCACAAAAGCUUCUCCAGCAGCUGCUCUCGUUGAAUCUGUCGCCGCAGGAACGUGUCAAGAGGACGGAAGAGCUUCAAUCUUCCAUCACCGAAAAGUUGGAACUACUUUUAAUGAUCCAGCAAGAAGUUUCCGAAUUACUGACUAUGCAAGCAUCUGCAAAUCCUUCGGAAACUCCAUUGACUUCCCAGCGUCUAUUAGGGGUCGAUGUGGCCGGCUUACGCAACACCAUUUCGCAAAUGAAAGUGGCUGUCCAGGAACAGAGUCAGAGCGUGUUUCAAGACAUGGAACACUGGCGGGAAUACGACGUGCAGGCCAACGAAGUGAAACCCUGGCUGGACGAUGCCGAGAAGAGGACGGCCGUAAUCAUCACCCGGCCCAGCAGCGUUUCGGAAAUGGAAUCGCUGCUGAACGCCGCUCACCUUUUUGAAGACGAAUGCAAACGACAGCUGACCAAAUUGCAACAAAUGUCGUCCCACUGCCAACAAAUGUUCAACCAGUCCAGCACUCGUGACGAAGUGGACGCUUUGCACAGUCGCUGGAACGGCGUUCACGACACGGUUCUCCAACAGCUUGAUCGUUUGGAACACUUGCAAGAGACCUGGAUUAAAGUCAUUGGUAAAAUGGAUUCGAUCGUGGAAUGGCUGGAUGCUGUUGAAGGUCAACUCGAUUCACUCCAUCAGCUUUCGUCCAAUCUGGGCAGUUUGGAAAAUCAACUCGGAGAUUUAAAGAGUGUCAUGAAAGGCGCAUCAGAAAAGCAGUCGGAUUUGAUCGUUCUGACCCAAGAAUGUGACACGAUUGUGCCCCAACUGUCACCAGAGGGAGCAGCUAAUUUACGUUGCCAGGUGAUGGACUUGAAAAGUCGGGUCUCCCAGUUAUCCGAUGCCGCCCGCCAUCAAAUCAACUCCGUUUCAGACGCUAUUGUACAAAGGCAAGACUUACUCGGCCGAGAGACAGAACUUGUUCAAGCCUUCCGCGAGACGGAAGAGGGCUUGAAACAGCUGGGUGAAGUCGAUGCUGGCCGCUUGGAUGCUCCGUUGGAAAUGGCUCAUCGACUUUUACAACAUUUGGAAAAUCAGCAACCUCGAGUGAACGCAUUGCAGAGCGAAAUCGGACAACUUCAGGCCACUUGCACCGCCGAAGAAAGUCGCUUAUUAGAUAAUAAAUCUAAAGAGCUGGACGAAACCACAAAGGGUUUGGUGUCAAAACUCACUGGAAAGAACGAAUGUCUGAAGCGCUGGAACGCUUUGGCCGGCUGGUCACAGGCCGCCAACGACCAACUGAGUCAUGUUUUACAACAGCUUGAGGGGCAGAAACCUGGAGCCCAAGAACUUGCCCAUUUGUUGACUGAAGCCGAUGAAGUGCAGACGCAAUGUGAGGCCCAACUCAGCCAAUGCGCUGACCUCGACCAACUGACUAGUUCCAGCGGAACGGUCAUCAAACAAGGGCUAUCUCCAAAACCUUGUACCGUCGCCAGUUUCGUCGGUCAAGUGGAAAAACAAAUCGGUCGAGUCCGUGACCUGGUGACAGACCGCACCAACCAAAUCCGCCAGCUGGAUGAGAAAUGGAGUCAAUUCGAAAAGGAAAGAGACGGAUUAUUAAAACAGCUGCAGGCCAUUAAGUCCAAUGCCGACGGACUGUCGGCAUCCGAGAACAAUCAGAAGGGAGUUGAACGUUUCCUACCGGCCAUCAGCUCACUUUUGGACCAGACGAAACAGCUCGAAACCAAUAAAGAAGCGCUCCAUAAAGCCGGAAAAUACCUGACGCAAUUGAGUUCAGCUACUCUCGGUUCGGUUCAAAGCAAACUUAGUUCCGUGGACAGCGAGUUUGAUGUCAUUCAGCGCAAACUACUGGAACAACAGACCCAAUGCAACGACAUUCUCGGAUUAUGGAAGGAGUGUUCCGAUGCUCGAGGACCUCUUUACACCGUCAUCAGUAAUGCCGGGAAAGUGCGCAUCGACAAUCAAGAUCGACAACCCGACGACUUGAACGAAGCCGUCCAAUUGAGUGACCAAUGCCGCAAAUCUGUUGAGCAGCUGAGAAAGAACCGGGCACCCUUGGAUUCGUUCGUUAUUAAGAGCGGAUAUUUGCACGAUAGGCUGGAUCACCUUCCAGGCUUCGACUCACGCCUGCUGCGCGAGGAAGUGGCCGACAUGCAACAAGAAUGGACCGAAGUUCAGUCUGCUCUUGCUGGUCGAAUUCAAACGCUUGAUAUGCAACAAGUCGUGCUACGGCAAAUAGCUAAUCUAAAGGAGGAAAUUCUCAACUGGACCAGCGAUUCCAGGGAGGCUUUGGACGAGGCUCUUUCACAACCGACCGACUUGGAUUUAAUGGAAUUGAAACUGAAGAAAGUGAAGCAGGAGCUACCAACCUAUCAGAGCACCCGCGACAGCAUUCGUGUCAAAAUAGAACAGUUGUCAGAGUUAUGCCAAGGCUACUGUCCAACUUCCAUCAACAGUCUCCAGGAUCUGGUCGACAAAGAAAUUAAUCAAACACAGACACUCUGCGACCAACUGGAAACGUCCAUCACGAAGACGAAACAAGAAGAGGAAGACUUGUACCGUGAUCUUAAGGCUUUGACGGCUCAAAUCGGAGAAAUGAAAUCCGAGCUAAAAAGCUGCGAGGAUUUGAUGGGCUCUGAUGAGCAACUGGCCCAGCAGUUCCUCGUCUGUCAACAGAUUGCUACAAGAUAUCCCAAUCUUCAAGAAUCGCUCAAGAAAUUGAAGAAACGAUGUUCCAAAUUGGAGUCCCUUGGUGGGUCGGCCGGCGAGGCCUUACCUCUAGCCAAGGAAUUGCGAGCCGUACAGAAACAAACAGAUGGACUGGGAGCUCAAAUAAAGAAGUUAAGUGAAGGAUUACAUGGCAUGCUUCAGAAGCGCUUCACGGAGCGUAUGGUUAUUGUCCAGCGAACCAUUGCCAGUUGUCGUGACAAGCUUGAAUGGUGCUCAUCGGAGCCUAGUUCCGAUCGUUUCGGCAUCGAAGCAAAAUUGGACGCCCUACAAGCCAUCGAAGUUGGUCUGGUUGAUGCCAACGACAAGUUUACCGAAGUCCGAAAUGUCGCAGCUGCUUUCGCUUCGAUAUCGGAGAGCCAAAAGGCUGAAAUCGAGUCAUCAGUCAAGGAUGUGGAGAAGAAGCUUCGCAUUUUGCAAGAGGAUUGCAACGAUAAGCGGCAAUCGAUCGAUCACAAUAAUGACUUAUUGCGUCGUUUUGAACUCAUGUCGGAGAAUGCGUCGGCAUGGCUGCGAGAUGUGGAAUCGCUAAUUCGCAAUGAAACAGUCAGCCAGACCGGACUGGAACAAUUACCCGACAAGAUUAAAGCAAUCAGCGAUUUAUACACCGACAUUGAAAGUCAUCGACCUGAUAUCGAUGAAGUCAAACUCAUUGCAGACCAGGUUAUGGCCAUGAUGCCCGAGUCACAUGUAUCCCAUUUUAGCAAUCACCUAGCCAUGCGAUUUGCAACUGCUCUCAAAUUUGUCCAAUCCUGUCUGACCAAGCAGAAGACUCUUCAAUCCGCAUAUCAAGAAUACCAAACGGCACUGCAACAAAUGGAAGCUUGGCUGCAAUCCUCCGAUGAGCAGCUGCGCAUCCACGAAAAGGACGUCACGGCCGUUCCAGGAUCUAAACCCAGUUUAGCUUACCAGUCUAAAUUGCAAGCGCUAAAGCAGUUUAUGGAACAGAAAGAUGAAGGGCAGUCACUACUCAAUCAGGCAGUGCAUACCGGUGACACUCUGGUGCCCAACAUCACGGCAGACGACAAGUCAGCCAUCCGGGCAGCUUUGCGUAACCUUCGUGAUCGCUGGGAAUCGCAUCUGGAUCAAGUGAACAGUCUCUACAAGAAAGUGGAAGGUAUUAUCUUGCAGCUCUCGUCGUUCGAUGACAGCUGUCGUCAAAUUAGGCGCUGGAUCGAAGAGACGAGAAAACGUCUGAACGAACCGGACAUUGAAGAAGAGGAAGAAGAAUCCAGUCAACCGAAUGUCCAGGAUGUUAAAGAACAAUUGCAAACGUUCAGAAUUUUAGCGCAAGAUGUUUUGUCACAUCAGAGUCUGAUCAGUCGACUUCGUGAACGUCUCCAGGAAAUUUCCAAUCCGGACGCGGCUGCCACCGUUGACGACAUUGCGGCCUCCUACCAGCGACUUGUCGCCGAAAGCCAAGAGCGCGUUGCUGUGCUUGAGAAACAGGCGGCCGAUUACGACGCUUACGUCUACAGCAUCGAGACAUUCCGCGAUUGGUUAACUGGAUUGUCGGCUGACCUUACACUUACAGAAGAAGGCGUAACAGACAAAGCAUCCGCCGAGACUAAAUUGAGGGUCAUUUCGGAGCUUCUGCAGCAGCGUGAAGAAGGUCAGAAACUUUUGGAACGCUGUGAAUCCUGUUUGCAACAAUGUUUGCAAUCGGCUGGAUCUGCCAUGGGUCAACUCGAUCCCAAAGUUGAAUUUGAAAUUCAACAAGCCAACUGGGAAGCAUUUUUAACCGAGUGCCAGGAGCGCAAUGAACGUCUAGUAUCCGUGUGCUCCCGCUGGAGUGCUUUCGAAGAGACGGCACAAAAUCUAGCUCAAUGGCUCCGCCAGAUGGAAGGCCGCGUCCAAGAUCAAGCCCUCAAAGCGACCGUGGCUGCUAAAGAAGCGCAUUUAGAGAAACUCAUCGGAGCCCAGUCAGAAAUUGCCGAAAAGGAACCGGAAUUUACUGCCAUUUUGCAACUGAGCCAGCAGAUCGAAGGCGACUCUUCUCUCCAAGUGCAAGUGCCUCAAAUGAUGGCCCGAUACCAGACACUUAUUGGAACUGUCCGCGAGAUGAUUACGCGUUAUCAGCAAUACGUCAAAGAGCACCAGGAUUUCAACUGCAACUACGCGGAUUUCACGAAGAAAAUGGAAGAUCUGGCCGAACGCUUGGAGUCGUGCCGCGAGAUUGUUGGAGAUUACAAGAUCCUACAAGAAAGAAGAGCAAAUCUUGAACGACUGCAAGAUGAACGUCUGGAAUUGGACAAGAGUGCUGAUGCCCUGGUCGACAUGGGUGAAAAAUUGUACGUGCACACAGGACCUGACGGCCGGGAGAUGCUUCGUGUUCAAUUGAAAGUGGUGCGAGAGAAAUGGGAGGCCGUAUGUGAUGACCUGGCCACGACGGCUACCGACCUGGACCAAUGUCUCCUACAGUUUUCUGAAUUUUCUGCCAGCCAGGAGCAAUUGACUCGUUGGCUCAAAGAGGUUGAGCAAUCCAUGCUUCAGCAUUCUGACCUCAAAUCAACUCUCCAAGAAAAACGCGCACAGCUUCAGUCCCACAAAAUCGUCCAUCAGGAGAUUAUUGCCCACCAAGCGCUGGUUGAUUCAGUUUGCAGCAAAGCUCAACAGCUGAUCGAUCAGACUCAAGACAAGUCCCUCAGCGUUUACAUCACAUCUAUUCGACAACUGUUUGUUAACAUCGUCAGCAAAUCAGACGAGUUGAUGAAUCGUUUGGAAACCUGCGUCAAAGACCACACGCAACUCAGUUCAUUGGUAAAAUCGUUCCAGGAUUGGAUCACCUGUUUCCGUGAUGAGGUGCAAGGCUUGUCGGAAACGGUCGGCGAAAAAUCGGAAACCAAGAAGAAAAUCAAAGCACUUGAAGAUUUGCAAGGAAGACAAGAGCAAGGUCGUUCCAAGUUGGAAGAGAUUCAGUGUCUAUGUUCGACCGUAGUGGCAUCCACUUCGCCCCGCGGUUGCGAACUGUUGGCCAAGACCGUGGCCAGUUUGCAGGAAGAACUGGAAACUGUAUCGACCAAUCUGCAAGAAACCAAACGCACCCAAGAAUCAAUCCUUCAACGAUGGCAAUCAUUUGAAGAAGGCCUGGAAUCCUGCAACCAGUGGUUGCGUAAACAAGAAACUGCUUUUGGUGAACAGGCCCUACAGGUGACUUUGCCUGACAAAGAGGCUAACCUAGCCAUUUUCCAAGUGGCCCGUGACACCAUCACUGGCUACGAGCCUGAAGUUGACGCCUUUGUAGAUCAAGCCACAGCCUUGUUUCAGUCGAGUGGUGUCGAGAGACUUCGCCCAUUGAUCAGCCAAAUCAGUUGCAAAUAUCAACAGUUGCACGUCCAGAGCAAAGAAGUUGUCUCCAAGUGGCAGGGAAUCGUUGACGAUCAUCGUCUUUACGAAGAGAAAUUCUUCGAAACAGUCGCUUGGAUCACUUCACUGGAGGACAUCUUGGAGUCCUUGUUGAAAUUCAAGGAUCAAUCGGAAACCGGCGGCACUACUAUCAUCGGUGUCCAGAAUUUGAUGGCCGAAAAGGAGCAAGCUUCACAUCGCCUUGGCUCGCUGACUUCGGCCGGUGAGCGCCUUUUCCCCGAAACUGCAUCCGCUGGUCGAGAGAAGAUUCGUCAGGAUCUUAAGCUUUUGCGGAUACGUUGGGAGGAGUUGGAACGACGACUAAGUGAACAGCACAAGAGCCAGGAACAACAGCUUCAACGUCUGUCUACUUAUCAAGACGGAAUUGUUCAGAUUAGUGUGUGGCUGGACACCAUGGAAAAAUGCAUCGCCAAUGACCAGUCAGGACUCCAAGCUGCUUCACUUCCAGAGAUUCGCUCUCAUCUUCUCAAGCAAAAAACGUUCCUGCAGGAUGUUUUGACCCACAAAAGACAGGUGGAAGCGCUUAAAGAACGCGCCAGGUCUCUGGUUGAAGACUUGCCUAGCUCGGCAGUUGGCCAGCCUAAGGAAAGUCAAGACGUUCAGAGGACCAUCGACGAUAUCACUAAUCGCUAUGAGAUCCUGACAAACGGAUUGCAAGGAUCCAUUUUAAAUUCUGAAUGGCUUCUGGACGUUCUUCAGCAGCAUCACGACCUGGAGAAAGCCCAGAGUGAUUGGCAACAACAAGCAUGGCUCCAACUCAAUUCCAACACAGAUUACGGAGGCAGUAAACACGCACUCAAGAUGCGCUGUUCCAAAAUUUCGGAGAUGAUGAUUGGUAAAGAUGAAGGCACCGCCAAUCUGGACGUCAUUCGAGCUCAUUUGGACAAGAUAUCUGAUCGUUUAUCUCCGCGCGUCAAGGAAACCUUGGAACGAGCUCUAUCUAACGCAAAGUACGAGUUUGAAAAGUACGUAACCGGCCUGGAAGAUGUUCGACAUACGCUGGACGAUCGGCUUCAGCAGUGGAACGAGUACGAGGGCACAUUCGAUCGGCUUUUGACGUGGCUCUCUGAAACGGAGACAUCGCUGAAAGAUUACAUUCCCCGUUCAACGCUCGAACAAAAGGAAGAUCAGCUGGAAAAGUAUCAGGAUCUUCCACGUCAGAUAGAGUCUCGAUCUAGAGCAAUCCAGGAAUUCAUAGCGCUUGCCGACCAACUAGAGCAAGCUAUCGUUUUCAGCAUUGGACGGAAUGAGUCCGACAUCGACAAGAUGAGCGACGAUUCAUCCGACUUGAUGCAACUCUCCGGCGAAACGAGGAUUAGCGUCAACGUCCAGCAGAUAUCGUCACGAUUCCAGUCGAUGCAAGUGGCUGCCAAGGAGAUCCUCAAAAAAUGCGAACAGGCUGUCGGCGACCAUAGGCUCUAUCUGGACAAAUACAAUCAAUGUGCCUCCUGGCUAACAGCUGCUCAGGAGAAAUUUGCAACAACCUGUUCCGGAGACGGAGAACAAGAUGAUUUAAGCACCAUUGAACAGAAAAUCAAAAUCCUAGAGCAGAUCCUAACCGAGCAACAGCAAGGCACUUCAAUGUACAAUCGAGUCCAAGAGAUGGGCGAGAAACUGUACGCCACAACAGCCGUUGAGGGUCGCGAAGCCGUAAGAAUUCAAAUGCAGGAACUGCAAACCGCAAUGGAGAGCUUUUACGACAACGUGGCUAGCAAAGAACGCGAGCACCAAGCCAAACGUUCCAGAUGGAUAAGUUUCGAAUCGGCCAGUGAUACUUUGCGGAAAUGGCUUGCGGAUACCGAACAGCAACAUCCGUCCGAAAUUAAGUUGCACGCUACGCUGGAUGAGAAACGAGCUCAACUCAGCACUUACCGGACGUUACUGCAGGAUGUUCUGGCCCAUCAACAGGCCAUUUUGGAUUGCCGUGAUAGAGCUCAUUAUCUACCAGAAGGAGGAUUUAAAGAAGAUCGCGAUAAAGUCGACGAAUUUGUGGAAUCGGCAAGCCAGAAACACCAGGUGCUACUGAAACGAGCCCAGUCGUUCGUGGAACGCUAUGAAGCAAUUGUGAGCGACCACCAACAGUACAGCAAGGCCGUUAUGGAUGCUCAAGAAUGGCUGGAUGCAACACAUGGAGCCAUCGACAUGUGGGGAGACAACCGACUGGAGCGAAUCACCUUGCACGCAAACGUUGAACGACUCAAGAACCUGCAAGUUGCUCUGCCCGAGGAAGAGUCACGCAUCAAACAAAUCCAGAUUCUAGGCGAGAAAGUGUUGCCUGGAACAUCGGAAAUUGGCCAGAGUAACAUCCGUUCGCAGAUUGACUGCUCCCAGCAAGAGUGGGAGAGCUUACUUAGCACGCUCCAGUCAGCCAUCGAGUCGCUGGAGAGUAAAUUGAAGCAAUGGAGCGACUACGAAUCCCUGAAGGAUCAAUGCCAGCAAUGGUUACGACAGGCGGACGGCAGUUUCCACGCAAUCGAUCUGAAGGCCACGUUGGAGGAGAAACAGUGCCAACUGGAUCAGAUGAAAACCAUGCAGAGCGAACUUCGAAGCAAAGAGUUGGAAAUCGACCAAGUUACGGAAAAAUCCCAGCAAUUGUACAAAAAUCUCCAGUCGCGGUCAUCUCAGACUUUGGAACUCGGCCCUAAAUACCAACAAAUCAUGUCCCGUAUCAAAGAACUGUCGGGCAAGUGGCAAGAAUAUGUCAACACUCACCAGGAAUUUCACACUCGGCUUGAAGACUGUUUCAGAUGGCUGGCCAAUGUUAAAGCUAAGCUAGCUUAUUGUUCCGAUCUGAGCGCAUCAUCGCAACAGGAUCUUGACAAAAAGAUGACCACGAUUCAGGAUUUGUUGAUGUACAAAGAGGAAGGGUUUACCAAAGUGCAAAAUACGGUUGAAUUGGCUCAAGCGGUUUUGGCCAACACGGCACCAGCCGGCCAUGACUCCAUUAACGCCACGGUAGACCGACUCAAAGAGGAGUGGGGUCUGCUGGCCUCCAAAAUGAUGGACACUAAAGCCAACUUGGACGAGAUAGUCUCCAAAUGGGCUGGUUUCCUGGAACAAAUUCACCUACUUAACAAGAUUGUCGAAAAUGUUGAAUCGUCUCUGGCCGAGAACACUGUGCUCCAGAACACGCUAUCAGAGAAACGGGCGCAACUGGAACGUCUGAAAAAUCUCGAAGAGAAGAUCAAAUGCGAGCGAAUCGAAGUUAAAAGCCUCAAGAGCAAGGCGGCUGAAAUGAUGGCCAGUGGACAGCAGAAUCAAGCCGCAAUUCAAGCUCAGCAGAUCCUGGAGAAGUUCCAACGUUUGGCCGAGCAGAUCAAGACCGCCAAAACCAAAGCAGACGAAGAGUUCCGUGCUCACAAGGCCUAUAAAGAAGCUUACGACGAUUUGAUGAACUGGAUCAGCCGCGCCCGCGAAAAAGUGCCCGUCAUGAAACAUCGUCCGUUGGGUGACCGAUUGGCCAUCGAAGAGUCGGUGAAAGAUUUGACGAGUCUAUUGAACAAACAGGCACAGGGUCAACUGAAAGUCGAAGAUAUGCAACGCAAGAGUCAAGUGUUGCUCUCCACAACGGCGCCAACUGGCCAAGACACCGUCCGCAGCGAGGUGCGCGCUCUUCAGGAAAGUUUCGACCUUUUCUUCAAGGAAGUCCAGUCUCAAAAAGAUCAAUUAUCCCGCACAGUGAUUCAAUGGCGUGAAUAUAAAGAGGAAUACGAAAGAUUGUCUGACUGGAUCCAGCAAACGGAUAUUGAAAUCAAGGCUCAAAAGAAUGCUCUACUAUCGACUUUGCAAGAGAAAGAAAAGCAAGUUGCCGCAAUUAAGGCCUUGGUAGAUCGACUCGAUAAGGGAGAACAACAAAUCAACAAGUUUAACGAAAUGGCAGCUGGUCUUCUCUCCUCCCAUUUAGACACUUAUGUCAAUAAUCAACUGCGCCAUUUGAAUUCACGCUACCAAGUCGAGAAAAAUCUGGUGAAAGAUGUGAUGCUCAAGAUUGAAACUAAUGUCGAACACCAUCGACAAUACGACCAGACUUUGGCUAAAGCGAAUAAAUGGAUCGAAGAGGCCCGUCGUGUCAUUAAAACCAGCAGCGAAGCCCAAGUGGAAGGCGAGAGCAGCAAAGAAGAACUUCAAGAGCAACUGAAUAAAAUCCAGGAUCUACUCAAACGACAAGAAGAGGGGCAGACUCUUGUCCACUCUACUGUCAAUUUUGGUGAAAAGGUGGCUCGUUACACCAGAUCAGAUGGCCGUGACGAAAUUCAGUCUACACUCAAAAGUCUGCAACAGGAUUGGGAAAGGCUGGUUCGCAAAAUGGCCAAUACCAAGGUCGCCUUGGAGACGUCGUUACUCCAAUGGGCAGAUUAUUCCUCGUCUUGCAACAAUUUGAAAAAAUGGAUCAGCGAGAAGGAGGCUAAAUUGCAACAAGUCUGCGAACAGAAAGUCUCCAUGGGCCGGAAGAGCAAUCCAGGCUCGGGAAUGCGAACUCUCAGUCUAGGUGCCCGUCAGGCCACAUUGCGACGUACCAGCAGUUUUGUCCAAGACAUUGUCUCGUUUGAGCCUAUGAUUGAAUCAGUCACAUCCAAAGCCGACGAUCUACUUCAUCGCAGCCCUACCACUGCCGAGAUCAGCAACAAAUACCAGAGUCUGAGUCGACAAGCUCACGAAAUUUACGCCAAACAGAAACAGGUGAUGGAUGUCCAUCAGUCAUUCAUCGAUGCUGGCAACGAGUUCAUGCACUGGCUCAGAGCGGCCAAAGAGAUGGUCAACAAACUGUCGGAACCAACGGGCGAUCGUGAAUCCUUGAGCAGUAAAGUGACUCACGUCAACACCAAAUUGAUGACUGAUAAGGCAGAAGGCCAACAGAAGCUGGAAGCAGCUUUAGAAAAAGCCGAGGCUGCUUGCAAAGCUAGCGACGAGGAAGACCGUGACAUUGUCGAAGAAGAGGUGGCCUUCUUACAGGAAGAAUUCGACAACUACUGUGAGGCCCUCGCCAAAUUGAAAGAAUCUCUCGAAUCAGGAUUAGUCAAGUGGACCGAAUACGAAGACCAGUACCAAGAUGCCGUCGAGUGGCUUGCUCAGACCGAGGGGACUGUACAGACUUUCAAUCGACUACAGAACACGCUGCCUGAAAAGAGAGACAUUCUGGAACAGUUCCAGAAUCACUUGCAGGCCGUCUUCGAUUGGCAAAAGGAUUUGGACAGGUUGAACAUGCGCGCUCAGCAACUAUUGGAAACUUGCGCCGAUUCACGCGUCUCCAACGCAGUUACUUCCAUCACCACAAAGUACAACGCCCUGCUGUCGCUGGCUAAAGAAAUCAUGCGCCGACUUGAGGUCCACUUCCAGGAACAUCAACAGCACAGUGCCCUCUUCCAGGAAUGCCAGGAAUGGAUCGAGCGCACCAAGGAAAAAGUGGUUGAAUCCAGCGGUACCGGCGGCUCUGAUAACCUGUCGGAACUCAAGGGACGUCUGCAUCAAAUCAAAUGCAUCCGCCAAUCACUGGAACAAGGCCAUCACAAGCUCCGCUACAUCCAAGAACUGAAGGAACGUGUCAUUCUGAAUACGGAACAAUCAGGAGCCCAACAAAUCCAGGAUAAUACAGACGUCAUCCGCGCUGAAUUCGAUAAGUUGUCUCGCGAUGUGCAAGAAGCUCGUGAAUCACUUAGCGCCCGCAUAUCGAUCCUUGAAGAUAUCGACAAAGCGCAUCAAAUGUUUGUCGACUGGCUGCAGGAAAUCAUGGACAAGGUGCCUUCACCCGUCAACGCCCAAGGAGCUGAAGGCCUUACGGAUUUGAGUGACAAAAAAUCAGCUCUGGAGAAAUACAAAGUCUUGCUUCAUGACGCAUUAUCCCAUGCUGAUGUUCUGCAAAGAUUGCAAGACAAAUUGGCCGCUCAACCGGACCUGCCUCGUGAAGAGUACGACUCAAGUAUUGAACGGUAUGAACAACUGAAGGCCACAAUUCAAAAGACUAUAAGCACGAUGGAAGAGCUGGUCCAACAGCAUGAAGAAUACCGACAAGGCUACGUGGAUGCAGCCGAUUGGAUCCGUCGUACAAGACUCGACAUCCAGCAAUACGGCGACUUUAACGGUGAACGUGAUGCUGUUGAAGAGAAGCAACGUAAAUGUUGCGAACUCCGUCAAACCUAUCCAGCUGGUGAACUACUAGUCGACAAGGCAGUCAAACUCAGUGAGGUUGUCAUUAAUGGUUCCAGCACCGAGGGACAGGAAGUGAUCAAACAGGAACUUGCCCAGCUACGAAACGAAUGGGAGUCACUUGUCUCUUGUUCGGAUGAAACGCUCAAAUCUCUUUCUGAUUGCUGUUCGGCCUGGUCUGACUUCCAAGACGUCUUCACUCGAAUGAAGAAAUGGCUGACAGAAUUCCAGGGCAAGUGGGUUGAAGAAUCAGCUCGCAAUUUACCGGAAGAAGCUAUCGAGCCUAGACUUACCCGCUGCCGUGAGUUGCUGAAAGAAGGUGAGAGUCAAAAGUCCUGGCUAGAAGAUUUGAACGAUCGAUGCGAGAUCCUGAUGGAGCUCAGCACUUGCAGCCGCGUCCGCGAAGAAACUGUGCAACUCCAGGCUGGUUUCACUGCCGUCAUGGGAAAUGUUCAAAGUCUGUUGUCCCGUCUGGAGAAGACUAGAACAGACCACACAGAUUUCGUCACAUCCAAGAAAGAAUUCUCCAAUUGGCUUGAACGGGCUCAAGGCACCGUACAAGAUUGUUCUGGCCAGUGCGGCAACGAAGCGAGCACCAAGGAGAAGUACGAACUCGUCCGCUCUAUUGCCAGUCGCCUAACAGAAGGUCAGCAUUUGAUGAACGGUAUGAUGGACUCGUUUACCAAAGCCCUGAGUGCUAGCAGACCACAGAGCACUCCAGACGACCAACAGAAGGGUUUCAGAGCCGAAAUUUCAACUUUGCGGGCUAGUUGGGACCAAUUGAACAUCGACGUCAAUAGCACACUUUCUCACCUGAAGGGUGCUAUCAAUCGGUGGGAAGAAUUCCGCGAUGCCUGCACUCGUAUGGAACAAUGGUUGGUGAACAGCGAACAGCAACUGACAGAUUAUCCUCAGUCAAAGGGUGAAGUCGGUGAGAUGAAAACACUCAUGGAGCGACUCAAGAGUCAGCAGAUGGAAUUUGAAAGGAAGAAAGCGGAUCUGGAUCACUUGCGACGUGAAGCCAGUGAGCUCUCCACCUGGGCCAACGAUCAAAGCUGUGUGAAUGUCGUUGAUCAACUCCACGAAAAGUGGGGAAAAUUGUCGGUCGUCACUGCGAAUUACCAUUCACGUCUCGAAGAGGAAAUUCAAGAAUACAACGCUUAUCAUCAAGCACUCCAAGAUACAGAGAAAUGGAUCCUGCAGACUUCUUUCCACUUGAUGGCUCACAAUUCCAUGUACAUUACUACUCGCGAUCAGACGGAAGAACAAACCAAGAAGCAUAACGAUUUGCUUGCUGAAAUCUAUACGUACCAAAGUACUAUGGAUGACGUCCGGUGCAAAGGACAGGGACAGAUUGUUCGCUACACAUCUUCUAACCCGGGAAUCAAGUGCGUAAUUGAAAAGCAAUUGGGUAAUGUUCAAUCCAGCUACAACGCACUUUUGAACACGGCGCUUCAAAUUAAGCAACGUCUCAAUGAUUCUCUCAUCAAGUUCCAAGAAUACGAGGCCAUCAUCGAGAGCAUUUUGCACAAUCUCAAAGAAUGGGAGCCACACAUUGCCGAACAGCUAGACACUUCCGUCGUUUCGAUCGAAGAUUGUAAGAAACAAUUGGACGACAUUAAGGUUACUCAUGCCAAACUCCAGAUCGAAAAGACCCGUCUAGCUCUCGCUGUCCAAGCCUGUGAGGCUGCCGCGGCCUGCAUCUCGCGGCCCAACACUCCUCAAGAUCCACUGCCUCACAGAGUUCCCGAAAACGAGUUGAACGCUCGCACAAAAUUGGAAGAUUUCUUGGACCAGAAAAUGGACGAACCAUUGGCCAUAGGCAGCAUGUGGGCAUUGUUGGAUUUAGUCGAAGAAGAAGAUUUGAUGAAUCGAUUGGAGAAAGUGGAAGAAAAGGUCCAUUCUCGGAUAACCGCAUUGACAGCGGUCAAUACCGAUCUCGACGACUUCACUCGCAGGAGACAAGCAGUUUUGCAAUGGGCCACUGAAUUGAAGGGCACAAUUAAUGACUUGAAACAGCGCAAGGCUCGUCUAAGACCCGAAGCAGCUCAACACGAUAUCAGUCAGUUGAUGGACACCAAGCAAGCCAUCACAGAGAAACAAGGACUUGUGGACGAAAUGGAACUGCAGUUAAUGUCAUCUGCACCCGAGUCGAUACCAUGCGUCGUAGAAUUGCGCGAUGAACUCAACGGUCUCUACGAUGAGGUUUCGCAAGUACUUGACAAGAAAAUGGACAUGCAGAAUUUAGUUGAAGAAUAUCGUAUGAUGCUGCAAGAUUUCUUCUCAUGGCUAGACACUCUGAUUAAGAGAGCCGAGAAUGCGGACAAAGGACGUGGCAAUAUUAUUGCUCAACGUGUCACUCUGAUGGAACAACUGACCGCAGAGACAUGUCAAGGAAAGCCAAAAUUGGCUACCCUUUCUAUCAAGGCUAAAGAAAUUUCGGAAAUUCUCAGUACUUUGGAUGGGCAACAAGUCGAAGAACAACUGAAGGUUGCCGAAAGAAGAUUUGGUGACGUCGAGCGUCGCAUGCACAGAAAACUUCACUUGCUGCAAACUACUCACCAAGGGGCUGAAAGUGCCACAAUGGACAUCGCACUAAUCAGACAGUGGGUGUCCGAGAAGACCACAUUAGUCCGCGACAAGGAAUUGCUGGGAUACCGAGCCAAGAGUGCCGACACGAAACUUCAGCAAACAAAGGGUCUUUGCAAGGAAGUGGAGAUGCAGCAAUUAGUCAUUGAGAACUUGGAGCUUAGGGUUUCUAGCAUAGCAUCUGACUUGGAUGCAGAGGAACAAGCUCAGCUCAGAGCCGAACUGAAAAGUCUUGCUGGUGAGUAUAGGACUCUCUGCCAGGGUGUCCGAACCUACGAACAAGAGUUGGACAAAGCAGUCAGCGACCGGCAACAAUUCGAAGCCCAGUUGGACGACACACAGAGAAAAUUGGCAGCGCUAGUUGUUCAGAGCCAAGGCUACGAACUUUUGCCACUAACUUCAUCCGCUACCGAAAAGCUAGCUGAAAAAUUCAAGUCUUUGAAACAAGCUGUCAGUGAUUUUGAAAGCAACGAGAUGAAUGAUUUUAGGAAGCAAGUUCAGAACAUUCUGAAAACCUGCAACGAAAACUCAAAGAAUGAGUUGCAAGAGAUUUCGCAAGCUAUUGACAAACAACUGGAAGAACUUUUGGCAAAUUUGAGUGCGAUGUUAUCUCAGUUAGAGGACGCUACACGUCAACGCAAACAGCUCGAAGGUAUCAUCGAGUUCUGCCAACAUUGGUUCAAGCAAGCGGACAUCAAUCUGGCUGUUGAAAUCCGAAAUUCAACAACUCCUGAAAUUUUGGUCGAGCACAUCAUGGUGUUCGAUCGACUGCUACAAGAAGCUGGCGGUGUCAAAGAAAAAUUAGACGCUGCCGUGUCUCACAAGGAUUUCAUUUUAGGCUCGUUGAAUAAAGCGGACCAAAUGGAAAUUCAAGGUAAUCUACAGAGUCUAUUGGAUGGCUACAACCGUAUCAAUGCGGGAAUUGAAGAGCGCAGCCGAACACUUCAGUCUUACGUCAGUCAGCAACGGGAAAUUGCGGUUAAAGUUGAAGAAAGCAUUGAAUUCCUUAACAAAAUUCAAGAAGAUGUCCGUGCACUGAAUAAGCCAAUCGGAUUCCGACCAGAAGACACGCAAGUCAUGCUCAAUUCCUACGAGUUACUACUGGCGGAAUUGCGAGUUUAUCGCGAAAAAAUGGAGGAUUUGCAGCACCGCACCACUGGCAACAGUGGCGAUUUGGCGUCGAUUGUGAAACAACAAGACGAAUUAAUUGCUUCCAUCGAAAGUCAAAUCAAGAAACUUCGUCAUCUGCUCCUCCUCAGGCAGCAGUUUAUGGCAUUAGUUGCUGAAAUCACCACAUUCAUUGCCAAAUACAAUGAAGUCGUCCAGGAUAUUGAAAAAGGUGGCAAGACUGCACAAGAAAAGAUUCGUCGCUACGAAGAUGUCAUCUACAAAAUUCAAGAAUGCGAGGGACAACUGGCUACUGCCCAAGACAAAGGAGAGCAAAUAGCUGCUGAAGGAUCCGUAACUGAUCGCAAUACCAUCACCGAACAGCUGACGUCCCUUAAACAUCAAUUGAGUGCACUCAAACGAGCCGUCGAACAGCGUCGUGGAGAGCAUGAAAACGCGGCUGCUGAAUUCAAACGCUUGUCGGAGCAGCUUGACGAAUUGUUGGAUAAGAUGCACGAACAGGAAGCCGUUAUUCGAUGCAGACCGUUGCUCCAGUUGACGGCCGAAAGUGUUGAACAGGAAAGCAGCAAGCACCGAGUUCUUGUUGGUGAUGUCAAAAGUAUUCUGGUGGCCACAGAGACGGUGUUCUCGUCCAUUCCUCAGGACAGCAUGAUUCCUUCAAACCUUCAAGAACGUAUCAGUGAGGCCACUUUCCUCCGUGACACGCUCCCGACGGAAUUGGCUGCUAGAGGUGAUUAUCUCAAGGACCAGUUGGCAUUGCGUUCAAAAUACGAGAGCAUCAUCCGGCGUCUUAAUAAUUGGAUGGAUGAGGCCAGACUUCGUCUCAGGCCACCUUCAAAUGGCGUCGAUUUCGAACAUAUCGACAAGGAACUGAGUGAACACAAAGCUUAUUUCGAUAAUGCAAGCAUUUCGCCCCAGUCCUUGCUUGACAGUAUCAAAACGACGGCCGAUGAAAUUUUGCAAUCAGUCGACACGCCACAACAGAAUGAUCUGCAAAGUGAGGUCAAUACAUUGACUGAAUCAAUCAAGAAUUGCCUUACUGCGGCCAACGAUCGCCAAGAUCAAUUGGACAAGGAUUCUCGAGCCUACAAGGAAUACGAAAAAUCGCUGGAGGAAGUGAAACAGGCCAUAAUUGCCAAUACUCAAUCAACAGAGGAGACGGCUACUAACAUUCCAGCGUUGAAGAAUCUGAUUGCUUCCCUCGAGACCAAACUGGUCGUCCUCCAAACGGAACAGGCGAAGCUGAAAACCUUGCAAGAUAAGGUCAAGAAAGUGGAGCAGCGUGCGGAUGUCGCCAGCCGCCAGACGAUCCAGGAAAGCUAUUCGACUGUGGCGAAAGAUUGGCGUGACAUUCAAGACGGUCUGAUGGUGAGAUGCAGUGAUCUCAACGAUUUGGUAGACACGUGGGAGCUUUUGAUAUCCAAAUCUCGCGCCCUUGGAGUCAAUUUGACCGGCCUGGAGGAAUCCGUUCACCGUUUGGAUAUGGAGGGUCGAUCACGUAGUGCCUUGGAAGAAGCGCGACGAAGUUUACAGGAAUUUGAGUCGACCAUCGUCGGGCUGAAACCUCAAUUAAAAGAAGUUAACGACCUGGCCAAAGAUGUCCUGGAUUACAUCAGCGCUUGUGAAGUGACUUCUCUAUCUAUUCAAGGCGAUCUCACCGCUUUGGCAGACCGCCACUCAUAUUUAUUGGAAACGAUUCAAUCCCGUCUGCGUCGCGUCGCCGAGGAAGCCAAUUAUUUCGACGCCGUGCUGGACAGCAUGAACCAGGUGCAGACAGGCCUUGAGAGUCUGCUGGCCGAGAUCACCGAUUUCGACGCGUUCAGCAGCCAAGUCGAGCGCGUGGAUCAGGAACUGGCGAGCUUGCGCGAACGGUCGCUUAGCUGCAAAGAAGGUGUUCGUGCUUUGGCACUAGCGGCGUCGCAGCGAUUUGCUCAGCUGGAUCAGGCCAAGCCGGCCGAAGUGGACAAGCACGUUGCUAUUUUGGAAUUGCUGAGCGAGAAAGUCCUAGCCGCCAUGGAAGAAAAAGAUAAUGAAGCCAAGAGGGCGCGCACCGUCCGCUACGAGUACCACCGUGACGUUGAGCAGGUCCAAAGUUGGAUAUGCCAGGCCGAGGGGCGUGUUCAAGAUCGCAAUCUCGAACCGCAAACUCUCAAGGAAUUCCUCCAGGAACUUCAAUGCGAAAUCGGUUUAAUUACCGAUCAAAUGGACCGGGUUUCACGCCACGGCCAACUCAUUUGCCAGCGGACACGAGAUGAACACGAGCAACAGUUGGUGAGGACCACGCUGUCCAACUUGACCGAUCAAUUGCAACAAGUUCGGUCUUGGCUCGAAGAGAAGAAGCUUCAGGUUGGAGAUUCGAUCGAUUCAUGGCAGCGAUUUUUGCAACUGCAUUCAUUGGUGAUUUCAUGGGUCGAUGAAAAGAAAUGCUUCUUGACAGAGCCACUCCAUUUGACCAGUUUGGUCCAAGCUCGUCAAAAAUCCCAGGAUUACAACAUGGCCGUGAAAAGCUGCAAAGUGGCCACUAAAAAUGUCAGCGACAUGGGAAAAGAACUGUCCCGCAUCUCCCAAGUGUCGAGCGUCGGAGCGCUGGCCGAUCAGAUGGCUGAAGCUGAGCAGAGCAAAACUGAAGUUGAAACGCAGUUGCAAGAAAGGAGUGCCUUACUUCUAGAGAUGACAGAGGAAUGGGAACAGUGCGAGAAGAAAUUGAAAGAUGUCAAGAGUUGGCUGGAGAAGGCCAGGCAGACCUUGGACUCACCGCUAAACAAGAAACGGCCCCUACGCGAUCAACUGUCGCUGAGGGAAAAAAUGCUGGGCGACGUCACCAUCCAAAAGACGAAAAUCAACAUGUCGAUCGAGAAAUUACAGGUGCAUUUCCGUUCGGGGGUCACUGGGUCACCGGAUGUUGUUCACAGCAGUACGGAGCUCAUCGAGCAGUUGGACGCCCUCAUGGUCGAAAUCAAUCAGCAAUGCAAAACGCUGGAAGCGGCCGUCAUUCAACUAGACCAACUACAACAGGAGAUCCAAGGACUGCGGGCGCAGGUAGUGCAGGUGGAUCAGCAGUUGCGUUUGGUAUCCAGUCCAGCAUACUCACCACUGGAUCGGGACAAGGCUUUGGCCGAACAAAACGCAUUGCAGUCCCACCUAUGCGCCGUUUGCCAGCAAAUCCAACAACUGCGAAUGCGUAUGACUGAAAUCGACCCCUACUUCACUCUGGCGGAUGACGGAAUCGAACGCUCCCUGAUGGCAGCCGCUGCCGACUGGCAAUCCCGUGCACCGAUGGAACCUAGCCACCGCCACCCCGCCCCGCUUCCUAUCCCUCAGACCUCCACCGAUGUUCAAUCGAUCCCUCCACCCCGCUGCGAUGACGUCCAAUCCCCUGUUAGGGAAACUAUCAGCACCUCGACCUCCGCAGCGGCCCUUAAAAGUUCCGGCCUAUUGACGCUUGACAAAUUCUCAUACGCCGACAUUGCUGCUGGAAGACGGAGUCCAAGUGUGUCUCGUCAGACGACGUUCGAAAGCAAUGCCGAGCUGGUUGAAACAGUUGCGGCUAGUGAUCAUCAACCCGACAAAGUCGAACCAGCUGCAGCGCAACUGACUCAAAUCGAAGACGAAAUUAUUGUGCCUCACAUUCAAGAAGUUCAUCCUGGCCGCUCACGCUGGGAACAGCAACAGCAAGAAAAACUUGUCCAAUCAGACGACUCGGUUGCCGAACCGAAACAUCCCAGUCGAAGUGAAAUACGCCGGCGUGCAGCUGGAAACAAACCCAAACGGCCAGUGGAUGCGAAAGAAUCGACGAUCCAUGACAGUCAAGAACGCCAUCCUCCCAUAACUCCGGUUGGAUCAGUUGAUGUUCAACCUCAAGAAGAGACGAUCGUUGAAGAGAUUAAAAUGGCAGAAGAAGCCGCUCCAGUGAAAGAAACGGGCACCCGGCCCAAGGUGGCCUCAACUCCGCAUCGCAGUCCAUCUAAUUUGUCACCUCCCGCCGAAUCUGACAAGAGAUCUCGUAGUCCCUUAUGGUUGCCCGGCUCGGGUGGUCCGUCGUACGCCGACAUUUUGCGCGGGCACUACAUCUCCCAUCAACGAGGGAUGUCUGGCAUUGUCGAUGUUCCUCAACAGCAACAGCAAAAACAGGAACAGCUUCGACGUUUUGGCGGUGAGAGUAUCGACGAUACCAACGUAACGGAGGAGGUUGUUGUUCCAGUUGCAGAACCCCUUUCCAUCCAACCAACGAUUUUACCUGAAGUGGCUGAAGAAGUCAGCGCUCCAGUUGAAGUUGAAGCUCCAGCUCAACCGACUACCAUGGAUGCCAGCUGGAUUUCACACCAUCAUUCAGUCUUUGUUCAGCCAAUCGAACAUCAGCAACAACUACAGGUAGAAUAUCCGACGUCCAUCUACCACCAGCCGAGUAAUCUUUCUUUUGAGACUCAGUACGCAUCCGCACCGGAUGCCGAAGCUGUAUUUGCAGCUAAUUUUGAUAUGAUGGCUCUUCAACAUGCUUAUGCUCAGCUGGCUAUGCCGAGCAACUACCCCAUGCCGGCUUUUCCCGUCCAGGAGACAGUCAACCCUCCUCAGAACUUUGAGUUUAAUAUAGAAGAGCCAAGGCAGGAUUACGUGAUGACGUCUACUCCGACUCCGACUGCUCCGCAGCUUGUCGAACCGCCCCAAGCAGUCCCAACGGUUUCAACGCCUCAAAUCAUUGAAGAGCCUGUUGAAGUCACUAAACCCGUCGUCCCAAGUGCAGCCAAAUUGUCGUAUGCGCAGAUUUUAGCAGCUGGACUUCAAGUGCCGACUGAAUCUUCACAACGAAGAGAUUCAUCUGGAUCAACAUCAGGACAUACCUCUUAUUCGCCUCGUCCGGCACCCAAAUCAUCGCCCAAUGUUUCCGACAAGACAACGACCGAUUCCGCUCCAAGUCCAUCCCGACUUUCGGCACCGGAAAGAGGCGUUUCCGAGCCCCGAGAGCCCCGAAGUCGUCAACGCUUAUCGAAAAAUUCGAAAUCUAAGAGUUUCGAUGUACGCGAGAAAGAAUCUUCAAAGCCGAAAACGCCACAAGGCUCUACUUCUAAGCUGGCGACUCUCCCUGGCCGUUCGAUGGAAGGGAAACAUCGACAAAAGAAAAAGCCGCACAACGAAAGUUUCUCCGAGGACAAGCAGUGGACACCUGUCUCAGUUCAAGUCUCACCUCCAAUCACGGAAACGUUGGCGGCUCCACAACCCGAAGUAGCGCGCAGUAAAUCACCCGGAGGUAAUCCUACAUCAUCGGAGCCUGAAAUGACGAAAGCUAUGAUGACAUUUUAUGGAAUCAGCUCUGAAGAUAUUGAACAGUUGAUCAGCAGCCGUUCGCACGACUCCGACAGCGAAGUGGAAGCAGCUGGAGUUGAGGCAAAUACCGAAAAGAAAAAGAAACAAGUUCAGAAAAAGAAGAAGAGGAAGUCGUCCAAGAUUCCCGAUGAAGACGAAAUCGAAAAAGCUCUUCGUGAAAUCUCUGAAUUGGAGAAGAAUAAACGAUCGAAGAUGAGACGCACUUAUUCGCACGAAAUCAAGAGCUCAGUGCCCGAAGUUGUCGAGCCCAAGCCUCAAGAAAUUCCGGCCGUUAAUCUGGAAGUGCCAGAGGUUAAGAAAAGAGACAAGAAGUUAAAAAAAGCCGCUUCUGUAAGCGGUGCACAUCCAGACAAGUCGAGUCUCAAACCCGAAAAAUCUCCUCUGACAGAAUCCAGCACUGGAGUUGAUUCGGCCACUUCCAGUUCCGGAUCAUCCGAUCCUUCUACUCACAAGCAACGCCGUGAUCGAAUUAAACGAGGAAAAGCGGUCAGCUUCAACGAUGAAAGCACAGUCAAAUCUGAACCGGCUGUGGUGGUUGAAAUUCAACCGAAAACGGAAGCGAUCCUCGCAGCAUCAGUUGAACCUGAACCGACAUGUACACCCGUUGAGCCGGCUCAAGAAAAUGAAGCCGAAUUUCUCGUACUCGACUCACAAGGGCUUGAAAGCGUUUGUCAACUGGUGACUGAUGUGGAAACCAUGAUGGAAGAUGCUAUGAGCGACGAUAUCGUCGUCUUGGAAACGGAGAAUUUUGCUCCGUCAAGUCCCGGACCUGUUGAAGGACACAGAACACUGGACCCGCAAAUAUUGGAAGAUGUUUUUACCGAAACAGCUGCUGUUUUUGAAUCGCAUGUUUGCCCCGAAAUAUACGAAGAGGAAGACGAAUGUCAAGAACUGAUUGAAGAACAAGUGAAAGAAGAAGAACCUGUCGCUAUUUCUUGCCCUGAGCCGUUAGCCAACGCAGAAAUAGUAACGAAAGAAAAUCAACCAUCUAAAGGCCUAUUGGGGCCGAUACUAGUGGCCGAAGAGAACAAAGAUGAUAAGAUCGCCACCGAAAUGACAGAAGAGCUCCCUCUCGGCAGUCAACCAGCUGCCGCCAUGACUCUUUUGCCGCUCGAAGUUCGAGUCACUCUUCGGAAAAUUUCAGCCACCAGUACCGUCCCAUUUCAGCCGGAAGAAAUCCAGCUGCGUAUGGAAGACUACAGAAACCAGCCACUUCAGGCGACCGAAUCCAUCGAUAUCGAACCAGCUCAAUUGGAAAUUACUGCGGCAAUGGUAUUCAAUCACGGCGGUGUAGAAACAGUCGAGGAAUUGGAACAAAACAUUGAAAGUCCUGUUGACAAUGCGGAGGUUGCCGGAACUGACGCUCUCACUUGUAUAUCCGCCAUAGCUCAUUUGCCACCAGUGGAAUUGACUGAAACUGAACAACUUCCGAUGCUUGCUCGCCAGGUCUCAUUGGCCGAAGAAGAAUUCGCCGAUGAGUCUGAACUGAGUUUGCCCGUUUCUACUACCCCAAUUCCAGCCAUGCUGGAACGCGAAGAGGAGACGCUCAUUUCAGCGACAACGGAAGAGCCGCCAACUACAAAAGUUUGCGCCCAAGUCGAAGAACAAGAGUUGCCUAGUCAAGAACAGAUGGUGGGCAUUGUUGAAGCUCUUCUUAAAGAACCGGAAAUUAAUUUACCGGAACCUGUCGUUGAAUUACCUAUCGCUGUCAAAUUCACCGUCCCAGUGGAAGCGUUACCGACUGUGACUUCUCCAGUAGAAAACACAACGAAAUUAUUUCCGGAUUCGACACCAGCCGGAAGCUCUCAUCCAGUCAAAAUAUCAGUACCAUUGUUAACAGAGACACCACCGGAAGUCAGUUCGGUGAGCUCGCCUGGUAGCGAUUACAAAGCCCCAACGAGUCCGUUUGGUUUUGAUGACGCAGAUCACGUAGUUUUGUCACCACAGUGGAUGCGCCAGCGGUCGCCGCUUGGCCGCACUUUCAGUCUGGAUCCUCGUAGUCUCUCGACGAUUCCGAAAUCAGCGCCCUUUUCACCGCUAGUUAAGGCCCACAGCACCGACUUGUCUGAAUCCUACGGCACUGAAGAACAGAAAGCUGCUGCAGCUGCCAAAAAUCUGGAGGAAGGUUCCAAAUCUGAAUCGCAAACAGGAGGUGAAGCUGACGACGAAGAUGUUGAAGUGUAUUGGCGUCUUCGGGAAAAGAAGAAGAAGAAGAAGAGGCGUAAUCCAAUUGCCGCCGUGACACCAGGUGGACCAAGGUUCUCCGAAUCGUCCUCCGAUGCCUUAUCUAUGGCUGAGCAUGGACCCAUGAGUCCGUUGAGCGUAGCAUCCGACUUGCCAGUCUCAGAAUCGACAUUGACUUCCGACGAUGAACAUCGAACCAAAUGCACGCAAGAUGACGGAUUCCAAUCCGGAAUUUCAACUCCGAUUUUACUGUCGGUUGCUUCGCCCGAUUCAGAGUUACGUGAAACGACACCCACGGAACUCACAGCUGAAACAGAAUCCAUUGCGGAAAGCAUUCAGGAAACUUUGACCAAUCAAUCGAUCGCAUCCGACGUAACUCCGUCUGCAGAAGAUAUAGAUUCGUCAUCCGAGCCAACUAUCAGAGAAGAAGAAUUGGUGCAAUCAGUCGAGGAGAUCAAACCGGAAGUGAUUGAAAUUCCUAUUUUAGCUGGACCUUGUCUCUUAUUUACUCCCGAAAUUCCUAGCGAAUCAAUUCCGCAGGAUACGCCCAAAACAGAAGAAACGCCAGCUGUUGAAACAGAAAUGUUUGAAUAUACCGCUCCCGUUUUCGAAGAGUCGACGGUACCUUUAGAGCUUCCUAGCGAUUGUUUAAUAAACACCAUUGAAGCAGAAUCAAGCAACGUACCAGCGACUUCCUGGGCAAAUUUGGUAGCAACUGGCAAACCGAAAAUCAGCGAACCGACACCGGAACCUGAACAGAUUCCGAAACCUCCUCGACCUCUCCCCACUUUGAUUGUCGUUGGCGAAGAAGAACAUCACGAAGUUCCUUGCGAUCCGGAAGGAUACCACAUCGGCCGGAAAGAGAGAAAAUGGAGGAAAUGGCGCUCAUCUCAGUCCGAGUCGCAAGACGUUGCAUCCGACGCAGAAACUGUUGAAACAACAUCAGAAGCCCCUCUUCCUUCUACUUCUGAACUGUCAGUUGAAGAAUGUGUUGUGGCUGUCAAACAAGUUCCUCCUCCAUCACCUGCUGGAAACAGCAGCUCAGAGUCGGAAGAAGAAACGUCCGAACAAAUUCGAGUCGUCGUGAAACUCAAAGUUCAGAAAGUAGCUAAAUCAAUUCGUGAACUGGAACAAAGAAAACGACGCUCUCGUCUUUCCGAGUCUGAGCAGGAAGUACUGGAACUGGCCGAAGCUAUUGCUGAGAACAGACAAAUUCCUUGCCACCGAUCGCAGCAUGAUGAUAACCUCAGAAAUAUUUACCUCGAUUCCUGGCCUAAACAUUCAACAACUUCGCUGGACAAUUCUGAAAAAUUGUUGUGGAUCUUCCAGCAGUCAGCAGCACAGACUUCUAUUCCGGAAAAUACCGAGUCUCAAUCAGUUGUGGUUGAGCCAGUAAAAGUCAGCGAACCGAGUCAAGAAAUCAAAGAACACGUUAAAGAGGUUGAAAAUGAAUCCGUUCCGGAGCAAGUGACUUCUGAAGCUCAGGAAAUCCUUCCACAAGUUGAAGAUCUUGAAAAACAAAUAGUGCUGUCCGCCGCACCAACAGUGGAAGAGGUUCCCUCAACUGAGAGCGUAGCAGUCGCUCCCACAGAACUUGAACACAUUGAAGAGGUUCACCCAGUUGAGCCAGUCGUUACGCAGGAUAAAAUAGAGGAAACUGCUCCACAAGUUGAGGAGCAACAAACAGUCCAACACGACGAUACUCAUCCGUCGGUGCUUAGCUGGGCUACGGUAGUUGCAACUAGCAAACCUGUAAUCACAGAGUCAAAAGAAGAAGUUGUUGAGGAACCUGCCCGUCCCAAACGUCCCCUGCCCACUUUGAUCGUCGUUGGAGAAAGUGAGGGACUGCCAGUUGCAGCUGAAACCGAUCCUGAUUCGUUCACUGAAUUCGUUGGCCGUAACGAACGCCGUCGUAGGAAAUGGCGAUCAUCGCAAUCAGAAUCUCAAGAUUAUGCAACAGACGAAGAAACGCAUAUUGAACCACUUGUCGUCAAAGAAGAGCCUGAACAGGAGCCAAUCAACUCCGCAUGCGUUGAGCCCACUGUACAAUGUGCAGUUAUGUUCGAAGUAGUAGAAGUGGUAAAAGAAAAUACCUCUUCUUCUGACGAAGAAGAGGUCCAUGACGUCCAUCCAGCCCGCCCUAAGGAGCGUAAAACUAAAACACCGAAAGUUUCAAUUCCGUUGAAAGAGGCAGAGCAAAGACGACGAAGAGCAAGGCUUUCUGAAUCAGAAAGAGAAUCUUUGGAGUUGGCAGAGGCUAUUGAACGUGGAGAAGCCAUUCCUUCACUUACAGCAGCUCCCCAAACUGCAGAAAAACUUUGUGUUACCUUGGAACAAUCGUCGCAGACUAUUGAAGAACCUAUUCUCGAAACCCAGGAAAUAGAAGCUGUCAAAGAAAUUGAACCGAUUGAAAAUGAACCAAGUCAAAAGCCGGAAGGAAUCGAAGAUGCUGCAGCUCCGGCACCAGCAAUGGAAGACCCUCAGAUUGCUCCCUCAAUUGAGGUUGAAAUUAUCGCUAAGACUGAACCAGUCACCAUUGAGGAAAAGAUGCCUGAAAUUGAGGAAAGUGCUCCGAAAGUUGAGGACUUGGAACAACAAAUAGUGCAAUCUGAAGAGUCCAGUCAUCCGUCGGUUCUUAGCUGGGCUACUGUAGUUGCAACCAGCAAACCUGUAAUCACAGAGCAAAAGGAAGAAGUUGUUGAGGAACCUGCCCGUCCUAAACGUCCCCUGCCCACUUUGAUCGUUGUUGGAGAAAGUGAGGGGCUUCCAGCUGCUGCUGAAACCGAUCCUGAUUCGUUUACUGAAUUCGUUGGCCGUAACGAACGUCGUCGUAGGAAAUGGCGUUCAUCGCAAUCAGAAUCUCAAGACUAUACAACAGACGAAGAAACGCAUAUCGAACCCACUGUCGUCAAAGAAGAGCCUGAGCAGCAGCCAAUCGAAUGUAAACCUGUUGAAUGUGAACCCCCUGUGCAAUCUGCCAAUGCAAAUUUACCUACUCCAGUCGAGAUAGUAAAGGAAAAAUAUUCGGAUGAAGAAGAGAUCCAUGAUGUCCAUCCAGCCCGCCCUAAGGAGCGUAAAACUAAAACACCGAAAGUUUCUAUUCCGUUGAAAGAGACAGAGCAAAGACGACGAAGAGCAAGGCUUUCUGAAUCAGAAAGGGAAUCGCUAGAGUUGGCUGAAGCUAUUGAACAUGGAGAUGGUUAUCCACUGCUUCAUCACGACCUCCAUGCUGAUUCAUGGCCAAAAGAUUCAUCAGCAGCUCUCCAAAAUUCUGAAAAGCUUUGGGUUAUCUUGCAACAAUCAUCACAGGAAAUUGAAACGAUCAAGGAAAUCGAACCUACUGAGAGCGAGCUCACUCAAAAGGAUAAGUUUGAAGAUGCCUCAGUUCCGGCACCAACUGUGGAAGAGAUUCCCUCAAUUGAAGCCGAAGCAGUCGCUGAGCCUAAUAUCAAUGUUGAGCAUAAAGAAAUCCCCUCAACAGAAAUUGAACACAUUGAAGAGGUUCAGACCGAACCAGCCGCUAUUCAGGAGAAGAUGCCUGAAGUUGAGCAAUCUGCUCCACAAAUUGAGGACUUGGAACAACAAAUAGUUCAGUCAGAAGAGCCGGUCGUUCCGCAAGAUAAAAUAGAAGAAACUGCUCCACAAGCUGAGGAGCAACAAACAGUCCAACACGACGAUGCUCAUCCGUCGGUGCUUAGCUGGGCUACGGUAGUUGCAACUAGCAAACCUGUAAUCACAGAGUCAAAAGAAGAAGUUGUUGAGGAACCUGCCCGUCCCAAACGUCCCCUGCCCACUUUGAUCGUUGUUGGAGAAAGUGAAGGGCUGCUAGCUGCUGCUGAAACUGAUCCUGAUUCGUUCACUGAAUUCGUUGGCCGUAACGAACGCCGUCGCAGGAAGUGGCGCUCAUCGCAAUCAGAAUCUCAAGAUUAUGGAACAGACGAAGAACCUCAUGUUGAGCCUAUUUCUUUGGUUGUCGAAGUAAAGCCCGAGCAACAGUCUGUUGAAUGUGAACCCAUUGAACCCGAAGUUCAAUGUGCUAGCAAAGUUACAUUUGCACCAGCGAAGGUGAUGAUAGAAACCGAUUCAGAUGAAGAAGAGGUCCAAUCAGCCCGUCCUAAGGAGCGUAAAGCUAAAACAGCCAAAGUUUCGAUUCCGUUGAAAGAGACGGAACAAAGAAGACGACGAGCGAGACUUUCUGAAUCUGAGAAAGAAUCGCUAGAUUUGGCUGAGGUCAUUGAACAUGGAGAGGCCACCCCGCAGCUCUACUACGAUUUAUUUGCUGAUUCAUGGCCUCAUCCUUUCUUCGUUUUCCUUCGUGACGCUGAAAGCCGCUGGAAGGAACAGGAUGCUAGUAGACAGGCAGCAGCUCAAGUUCAGCUGCCUUCAGUCCAGGAAUCGAUCCAGCAAUUAACUCAAGAUCCACAAGAACUUGUUUCAAUUCAAGAUUCAACCCCAGAACAACCAACUGCACAAGAUUCAGCAAAAUUACCGCAAGAAGAACAAUCAGCUGGUCCUUCGGAAGAAUCAUGUGAUCAAAGAGAUCAGGUCCCUGAAAUUUCUGGUUGGGUCAUUAAGGAAAGCCCCGAAAAAGUCGUACCGGUGGUGGCAAAACCACUUUCAUGGGCUGCCAUGGUUGCACUCUCCAAAUCUUCAUCAAUCCCGGCGGAAAAAGCUCCCGAACCAGUCGAACAGAUUGCGCCCCGUCCGCACAAAACCCCAGUCUUUGUAGUCUAUAGCGAAGAACCGCAACAUCCAGAGCCGAUCAGCAGCGAUGAUCCUGACGGUUUUCACGAAUGCGUCAGUCGUAAAGAAAAGCGCAGACGCAAGUGGCGUUCAUCUCAGUCAGAAUCACAAGAUGCCGAUAUCGUAGCCGAAGCAGAAGCAGUUAAUAUCCCCGAGUCAGCCCCUGUUAUUGAGCCCUCCCAACUUUCUGAUGUUAACGUGGAAGCGGAAGUAGUCAGCUCUCAGCAGCCAGAACUUCACGAAAAACCGGAUAGUAAAUCGAAACGGGCCGUCGUUAAAGUUGAAAAACAAACGAAAGAGGUUGAACGUAAACGAGCCAAGCGUCUAUCCGAAUCGGAAAGGGAAGCUCUUCAGCUGGCCGAAGCCAUUGAGAGCGGUCAGGAUGUUACCAACAAAUGCCCCAUCGUCGUUGAUGAUUAUUGGCCCGACAAGUUGAUGUACAGCGACAUUGAGAAAUCGUGGCAAGAGAGUUUAAGUGUUUCCGCUGACCGAUUAGAUGAUAAGGAUUUGAAAUCAAGUCGCGAUGGUCGAACACCCGAUUCCGAUCCCAAAGGUCCCUCCACUCCUCAACCCCCCUCCUCCGACGAUUCCUCCGACAGUAGUAGUAGAUUACCAACAACACAGAACCUCGACAACAUCCAUCUGCCUGGUGAUCGGGCCAUCUUUUCGGAUGAAAGCACUUACCUCAGUGAAUCUCAAGAAGAUCAACAACAAAACGACUACAAGGCUAUAACUACCGACCUUGAUGAAAUGUUGGCUCAACUGCAACAAGUGGAAAAGGAUCUUCUUCAAUUCAAUUCCCAGCAAAUCAAAGACCGUCUGCCGCUGAUUGAAGCCGUUAUGGAAUCCCUUGAGGAGAUGGAACCUCGAUUGAUAGACGUGGACAAUAAGACUAAAAAUGUGACAGCCGAAGAUCCUGAAUUAGAUUCCCUCCGCGCUGCUGUAGCAAGUCUUAGGGCUCGCCACAUCACAUUGGAAUCUCAAGCUUGUCGAUACAAACAAAAGCUAGAAGAUAUGGCUGAAGCUCAGCAAAGCAAUGAAAAUGAGGCCCCCAAACAGGACGUUGCUGAAGCUAAAAGCAACGAAAAUGAUGCCCCCAAACAGGAUGUUGCCGAACCUAAAAGCAGUGAAACUGACGACCUUAAACAGGAUGUUGCUGAACCUAAAAGCAGUGAAAAUGAUGACCUUAAACAGGACGUUAUUGAAGUUAAAAGCAACGAAAAUGAUGACCUCCAAAGAUAUCAGGCACUUCUUUCAGAUCUCGAUGACUGGGUCAGCUCUACUCAUGGCCAAUUGAGGGCAGAAUUACCCAAAUUCACCUCGGUCAGUGCCGUCCUGAAAGAAAUGGAUUCGAGCAAGCGAUUGGAACAGGAUAUAACGAAGCGCAACGAGCAGUUGGAGGAUUUGAUGAAACGGUGCGGAACGCUGCAGCACUCGGUGGCCGAGACGGAACCACUGGCGACGCAGCUCUACGAUCACUUGUGCGUUCUGCAACGUAGCUUUGCAGAGGCAGGCGCCCAGUUGCACAACCGACUGCUUCUCCUGCAGGCAUGUCUGGUCGAGCUUGAGGAGAAAGAAGUCUGUGUCGACAUUAUUCCCAGUCCCGACCCCCUACAAGAUGAUACGGCCGUCAUUGCUGAUGACACGCCAAACGCGACUUCUGCCCGCCAAGUACUUCUAAAUGAUCCUAUCGAACCCAUAUCAGUAACGGCUGACGAAUGCCCGAUAAAUAAGGACGAUGACAAGUUAGUCACGCAGUCCGUCGUGCAAAAGACCAUUCGAGUCAUUCGACGAACUGUCCUGCAAAAUGGCAGGGAGAUAUCUGUGGAGGAACAAGUAGAAGAAGAACCAGCCGGUGGAACGGUUCCAUUGGCUGUUGAGACGAAAUUGAUCCCUCCAAAACGCGGGUACUUCCGGAUACCCUCGCCUUUCGGUAUCGUCGAGGAGCCCAACUAUCAGGAUGAACAACACGUUCAAAAAGAUGAUAAAGGCACUGUCGAGAUUACUGACAUAACAGAUCAAUACGACGACCGAGAAGCCUCAAGUUCGGGCCCGCCGAUGGACCAAUUCAUUGAGAUUCACGAAGUUCUCGAUGAUCACCAAAUCACUGAACAGCCGGAGAGCUCACAAAAAGUCAUAGAAGUUUUUAGUCCAAACGAGGACGUGACGCCUCAGAGCCAAUCGCGCACAGUCUUUGAGACACUUCAUGAGCAGGAAGAGGAACCGGAACACGAUGAGAGUAGUACUGCAAUUGACUCUGUUGAAGCUCAGAUGGAAGUAAAAGUAAGUGAUGAACCCAAUAUCCUCGAUGAAAAAGAUUCUGAGCAAACACCGCAAGUCGAACCUGAACUUACGGACGAGUUCCAACAAUCGAACGAGGAAGUCACUUUCCAGAUGGUAAUUGAGGUACAACAACAACCCGCAGAAGUAUUGGAAGAAGGUCUCAUUAAAGAACCCGAUAACAAAACAAGUAGCGAGCCUACCACGGAAGCAGUUCAACUAGCCGAACCUGAACUUAAAGGAGAAUUCCAAGAAAUGGAAAAUAAAAUCGAACCUGAAAUAGUAACUCAGGUACCAGAGGAUACCGUGGGGACUUUCUAUGAAGAACUCGCUAAAGUGCCUGAAGCUGAUAAGGAGACAAGUGGUGAGCUUGUAGUAGCAGAUGAAGCGCAACCAAGAGUCGAGACAGAAUCUCCAAUUACAGAGGAAGCACCGCAAAGCCAGCCGGAAGUUACAGAUGGACUACAAGAAUCGGAGAUCAUUUCCCAAGUGGUAACUGAGGUACAAGAUGAGCCCAAAGUAGAGUCUACAAUAGAACUUGAUGUUGAUGUGCGCAACGAGCCUACUUUUGAAGGUGAAGAACAACCUUCACUUGACGAAGUCAAUCAAGAGAAAACUGUAGCUGAUCCUCAAGAACAAAUAGCCGAGCUGACCACGGAACCGAAACAAGAAUCCGCAACAGAGUUGGAAAAAAGUCCCGAUUCUGCUGAAUGCCAAACAGAACCAAUUAAAUUGGUUAUCGAUUCUCCGAUUGAGCCUAGACCCGAAAUCUGCAAAGAACCAUGUGAAGAACUGCUAGAGGUACAGAUCCUGCAAUAUCUCGAAGGACAGAUCCUGCAACAACUCGAAGUUCCUGAAAUUGUUCCCAAAACAGAUCCGGAAUGUGAAACCAAAGCUGAAGAAACACCAGUUUCUGCUCAACAAAUUCAAACAUCUACUGAGCCUGAAAGCCCAACAAAAGUUGAACUUCAACAAUCAAAUGUCUCUGAAGAAAAUGCAAAAAUGGUUAAAGCAUCACCCGGUUCCAUACCUUCCUCAUUAGGAGACGAAAGCGAGUCUGAGGUUGACAAUAUGGACUGGAACGUUUCACCUGACGAUGAACGCCAAUUUGACGAAUACUUUAAGGAUGAAAGGCCUUCCUCUGCCGCUUCUGAUUCAUCAACUUCUACCGACACUACUCAUCUCGAAUCGAUUUUAGGUGAACCCAUUGAAGAUCUUGAAACUUCCAUUUCCCCAGUGACGGACACGCCUGAUACCUCUAGAGACACGCCAACCCAAGAAACAAUGUUUUCCGAAGUAGCAGCUGUUGAAGACAUUGAAGCAGAAAAAGAAGUAAGCUGCCAAACAACAAUUGAAAGUUGCCAAGAAACUGUUGGUAAAAUUGAAGAAACUGUUCAAUUACCUGAAACUAAAGAAAGCAGCUCUGAAGAUGAAGUAGAAGAAAUAGCACCGAUUCCAAUUGAAGAUGAAGAAGAAUUUAUUUUAGUAGAAGAAAUUUUACAACAAAUUCCAGAACCAAGUGACGUGGCUGUUAACAAGGAUUUUGAAACGGAAAAACUUGUUGCUUCCGAAGAAAAAAUGCCGAUCGAAUUGGCAAAGCAGCUCAGUCAACAGUUGGUUGACGAAGUCCUUAAGGCAGUGGAAUCUCAUCCAUCGCUGGAGCGCGUGAUCCAUGAAAAUGUGAUCCAAACUUCACCAACAGACCCAAGUUCAUCAUCUGAAAACGACCAAGAAUCUUCUUCAAGUGAAGACGAAAGCGGCUGGUGGGUGGUCGGCUCUCCAGAAAGAAAAGAGAAAACAACAGAAGAACCUUUUGAAAUUGUUGAAAAAGGCGAAGUUACUGAACUGGCACCGAAUGAAACUGCACCACAAUUGGACGAAGUCGUUUUGCCGACUACACCGGAAAAUCAGUUGGCUAAAACUGUCGAAGAAUUAAUCGUCCAAUCCGAUUCGGAUAUGCUUCAAGAAACAAUCUCAAAAUCAGUUAAAACGGAAUCGUCGACUAACGUGACAAUCAUCAGAGUAGGCUACGAGCCCCCCAACGAAGACCAACAGUUGGUUGAAACAUUAUCGAUUGAAUCCGUGAAAGACGACGUCGGAGAUUUGACUGUGAACGAAGUGCAACAAGUGGCUGAGACACCGUCAAUUGAAUUCCCGUCAGACGAAACAUCCGAUACAAUGGACGAAGAGGAACCUGUUUCUGUAUCUCCCACAAUUGACUCUGAGAAAAUUAUAGAAAUGGGCGAGAAAAUCUUGGAAGUCCUUCCCGGUAUCGUUGAACAGUUGUCCAACAUUGAAACGCUGAUCGAAGACGACGAAAAAGACGUCGGUGCCGUGGAACGUUCGCAGACACAAGAAGAAGAAUCAACCAAAGAAAAAGGCGACGAAUGGAACACGCUAACCGAACAUCGGGAAUUGGUGGCUCCGACGUUGGGUGAAAACACCACCGGACCUCCUAUAGACGACAGCCAGCUAAUGGAAAAAGUUGCUCGAUUAGUCUCGGAUCGAGUGGCGAUGGGCCAAGAAGAAGCCCAACAAUUAGAGCUCAACACCGAGUGGCAGGAGAUUCAAGAUCUACUUGUCAAUCGUCUAUCGGAUCAGUUGAGACAAGGUGCCAACUCUUCGACACAGACUUCCAGCGUCCGCUACUUGGCGACGACGACCCAAGUCACUGUGGACGAAUCUGUUGAAGAGCGUAAAGUGAAACUUAACGACAACUUGGCUGCGCUCAAGACAGCUGUUCAGCGCAGAGAAGUGGUUGUUAUUCAACGGAUUGUCAUUACCAUCGUCCGAACAGUCACCGAAUGGUUGGAGACAAUCGAGUACCGAGUCUACACCAUCAAACAGACGAAGAGCAUGGAGCGGCGAACCGAACAAAUUCAAAGCCUUUGCGAGGAAGUACGUGUCGUUGAAGAGAGUCUCAACACCUUGGAAGAAAUCACAGAAAUGGCCGUCGAAGUGGUCAACGAAGAAACCAAAGUUUUGCUGCACAAGUGCGUCAAAUCGCUCAAGCAACAAAUGCAGUCGGUUAGCGAAGUGACGAAACGAAGUGAAGGGGAAAUCGAACACAUCCGGCGGCAGUGGUCGGAAUAUUUGGACCUGAUUAGCAGCGAAGAAGACCGCAUUAAAGACCUCAUGAAUCAACUGAAACAGUUGCAAUCAGCUGAGACACUGACCAGUCAAGAAAAACUUGUCCAGCUUGAAGAUAUCGAAACGGCAGUACAGGAGCGUCUUGAAGGUGUGACCCAGUUACUUCAUUCCGGACACGAUUUGGUAAAGGAAACUCCUUUCUAUCAAAUGCCCGAGAGUGCUUAUGCACUGUUGGAUACCAUCAAAAUCAUUGAAGAGGCUGUGCGAGACGAACGUAACGUCGUAUUACACAAAGCUGCCCUGACGGCCGAAUAUCGGCAGACGCUGCAAGAAUUCGCCGAAAUUGUCCGGCUCUCUGAAGCGCUGUCCGACAGCAAAUUGGCGGCCCGAAAUCCACCAGAAGCUUCACAAGAACUGGAGAAACGACAACGAUUCCUAUUUUGUCUUAGCCACUUCCUGCAGGUCCUAGACACACUCGAACCUCAUCUCGACCGAGACACUCGUUCACUCUGCCAAGAGCUUCAUGCGGAGCUUGUCGUUCAUGCCGGAGCGAUAUUGGACCGGGCUGUCAACCGACAGGAGAUUGUGGAAAUGAGUCUGGCAUCUUGGAAUCAUUUGGAACUGCAGUGGAACCAAGAGGACGAAUGGUUCCGACAGCUUCAAAUACCUGACACGUCAAAUGUCAGCAGCGAAGCAUUCGUUGAACUGACUGAAUCUCUCAAGGACGUUAUGGAGUCGAUGGAACAUCAUCGAUCGGUGGCAGCUCAGUUGAUUGAAUCGACCAGAAAUUUAGACUGUUUGUUCUCCGACCCCGGAUUGGAGACUAAAUUUCAAGAAAGAAUUAUGCAAUUGCAAGAAAUGAUCAACGACACUAAAUCCGCUUAUCGACGAUUAUUGCUAGCCGCCGAUCACUGGAAUCAAUUCCAAAAAUUCACAUCGCACAUUGAUCCUUGGCUCAAAGAGGCGACUGGCCAACUACAGAUGCUAGUGAAUAAAGCUGAGCGAGGAAGAUUGAGCCACGAAGACUGCCUGCAAUAUUGGGUGGUAAGGGCUGAAGCUGAAGAAAAGCAACAAGAGUGGGAGCAAGCCAAAACGCAGUUGGACAGAGCCGUCGCAUUUGUCUCCAUCCUAGACGAAGAUGAAAGCCGCCGCUUCUGUUUGCAAAUUGACGAGUCAUGGAUUCAACUUGACCGUGAGUUGCAAGCUGUCGAGAAAGCUUUGCUGCAAGGACUAGCUCAGCAAGCGGACGUUCCGCUAGACGACCGCCUCAUUUGCAUCGAGUGUUCGCACGCUCGCAUUCAAAGUGCGCUGGACCAACUUCCCGUCAAGUACGGAAGUCCGGAAGAAACCACAACCCGCCGGAAGGAAUUACAAGCUUUGUACAAUUUCACCGAGUGGCAACUGAAAGAGAUAUCCGCUCUUGGGGCGUCGAACCCGCAUCUGGCGGCUGACCGUGCGGAACAUUUGGGAGUUUUGGCCAGAAGAACCAAGGAGAUGACGAACGCUAUUCAUCUGCGUUUGGAAAAAUUACGCCAAGUUCACCAGUGGAUGAUAUCCUUCCAACGCUUGUACAGCGUCACCUCCCGGCGCCUCCAGGAGGUCUUUAUCUGCCUGCAAAAAGCGUCUAUUUAUAGAGAUCCCUUGUGGCUGGCUCAAGCAGCCCAGCUGUGCGAGGAAAGCGAACGUGAGCUUCAGUCGAUUGACGUCGAGGCGGGCAAGUUACAACGACACUUGGAAGUUUGCCCGAAAGAUGGCGUGACAGCCGCCGUAGACGAAAACAGCUUCGUCGAGUCGAUCCUGCAGCUGGACCAGUCACGGCAACGAUCUCGCGAUCUGUUGCAACUUACAACUUACUCCGUGGCCGAGCGACUGGAACGUUGGAAAUUAUUCGAGGAUUCAGUGAACCGCGUACUGUGUCUCAUCAAGCGGCUCAAAUAUGCACGUAACAUGGCCACAAUUAAAGGCUCAGCUGAUCUACAGCGCCUUCUCUCCGCUAAGCAAUCGAUAGAGACGAUACACGAGGAAUUGACGACCAACCAACAUCUAGUGAGCCAAGUUGGAUUGUUGGCCGAACCGUUUGAACCGCUAGCCGGCGAACGAGCAGCUGACGUGGGAGUGCAGUGGACAGAGUUGGAAUCAUCUUUGGAUCGUCUGUCUAAUUGUUACGGACAUGCGGCCGCCGACUGGAUGGGCAUCGAAGCCGAACUCGACGAUAUUCAACAAUGGUGUUUGCUUAAGUUAGAGUGGACCCAACACAGCGUCACACCUGGCGAGGAGGACGAAACCUUGGCACAAAUCCAGGCUAUCGGAGAGGAACUUUUAGUGCAGCAAGAACGUCUUGAACGUGGCAGAUUGGCGGCCAGUGAACUGGGUCGCGCUAUCGCCAUGAGUCCCGUCGUUAUGGACAAUUCCAUCUCGGUGGUGGGCGCGGAUGCCACUUCGGCUAGUAUGCCCGUCAGUUUGGCAUCAACAGCCGAACACGUCGCCCAGCAAUUACAGUUACUUCAGCAGUCCAUGAGCGUGCUGGCCGAUAUCGCCGAGAGACAAAGCAGCGCCGUCAGUAAUUGCAACGGCACAAUCCUCUCGGCGGAAAAGCUCAUCAACACCGCACGACAGACGUUAUGCACCGUGGAAGAGGACGCGGCUGGUGAGCGCAUCGAGGACCAGUUGGUUGUUUUGCGGGAUCAAUUGCUCCAACUGAGCCCCACCGAGCAGCAACUAAACAGCGCGCCAAUUAGCGAACAAUUGCCCGUUACCGUGGAAAUUCGGCCGCAGGCUGCCCUUUGCGCCACGACCUCAACCAUUCAAACUACUUUACAACAAUGGGAAAUCAUUUUCCAAAAGACUUUUUCAGAAUACGAGAGGCUAUUGAAUAAGUUACAGGAUCGCUGCGAUGAGUCGGCUACUGCACAAGUGUGGCGGGACCAUCUUGAUCAAGCUGAGAAAUACCUCAGCCGCUCGCUACCCGAUCAAUACCUGUCCACCUGCGAGGAUCGUGAUUUGUGCGAGCUGCACGAGAACUUGCUGAUUCGUCAUCAUUCGGUCUUCCAAUCGACUCAAUCAAGCAACGAGGCACGAGAAGUCCAAGGGGCUGAACCCACGGAAGAAGUCAUUGAGCCGAAAGUUGCGUGCAAUCUCCAGGGCUUGCACCAGGCCGUCUUAACACGCAUUCGUCUACGCCAUGCGGCCCUGAGUGACAGAGCUUUGGCAUGGGAACAGUAUCGCUCGUCGUUAUCGAAACUUUUGACGUGGCUGGACGCUGCCGAACGAGAGCGCAAGCACCUCGUCCUGCGCCAAAUCCAAGAACAUGGCCUACCGACAGCACUGCAUCGAGUCGAAGUUUUAUUGGAUAAGAUCGGCCAGGGACAAAGGAUCCAGGCUGAGCUCGACAGAGCUGCCCGUCAAUUGCUGGAAAAGCUUGGCGAUGAAGAAAGUGCCUCUACCGUUCGUGCGGAUUUGAAAUCAGCUGCCGCUCGUUUAACGGACCUCGAAGCUGGACUUUGUACGUGGCGUGAUUUCCUGCAGCGAGUGGCCCGCCUAUAUCAAAACCUGGAAAAGGGAGUAGAAGGCAUCCGCCAACAACUGCAGUCAGUCCAAACUGAUUUGGUAGCCGACAACGAACUUCCAACUUCUCCUGAAGCUGCCGCGGAACUUCUUCAGCACUACAGAGAACAAUUGCUUAUGGUGCAAACCCUGUCUUCCGACGUUGAAAAGCAAGAAGUCGUUGCUGGAGAAAUCCGUUCGUGUGUCAACAUUCCCGACGCCAAACGUAUUUGGCAGCGUCUCGCAGCUCUUCAAAUCCGACGUUCAGAAACGGAAGAUCGCCUGAAUUCAUUGAUCCAAAUGCUGGAGGAACACCAAGACUGGCCCAAAGUCUUUGAAAUGCGAUAUGCACGCUUCAUCAAAUGGGCAUCCACCAUGGAGCAGCGUUUGUUGCACAAGCAGCGAGCGUUAGUGGACGAUAUGGUGCAGCGACUUUCUGGUCCCUUGCGGGAUGAGCUAUCGGCAAAAGAAUGCGAACAGCGCUGGUUGGUCGACCAAGGCCGGGAACUGAGUCUCGUCUGCAGUAACCAAGAACGAAGAGACGAGAUUCUGAGCAAAGUUGCCAACGUGGAGGAGAUCUGGUGGAAAUUGAUGGAAACGUGGAAUCAAGAGUUGCAGAGACUGCGACAGCUCCCUACAGAUUUGGACGAACUCAACAACAGCCUAGCCGAAUUGGCUGUCUGGCUGGGUCAAGCUGAGGCUACCAUCAACGCCCCGCUGACUAUUUUGGCCUGCAAUCAAUCGGCCGUCGAGAGCCGAGUCGCCGAGCAUCGCGAUUUGGAGAAUUCAAUUGAACAAAAGAGAUCUAUUGUUGCGUCCGUCCUCAAUCUGUGCAAUACCUUCACUGCCAAUUACACCUUAUUGCACGGAUGGCUGGGUACGGAUCUGGAUGCGGUACAGUGCGCCACGCAAUCUCUUCAGCGACGUUGGAAAUCCAUUUGUCAACUAGCCAGCGAAAGAUCUGCACUCUUGGAAUCAUUGUGGCCCGACUGGUCGGCCGUCCUCGAAUUGCACGGACAAUUGGAUCAGAUUAUGUCAUGUAUCGAACAAGAAACACCUAGCGACACUAGUGGAGCCACAUCUAUCCAGGAAGUGGAACAGUUGAGUGCUCUUUUAGAGAACCUUAUCCAGGAACUUCAUGCUCCGGUAACGCGCCAGAAGCUUGACCAACUGAAUGAACGAUACUGUAUCUUGGCUCGGGACGGGCGAGUUGACGCUGCAGGUGAAUUGCAGCAAAGUGUUGCCCGUCUGAACGCCCGAUGGAGAGAUCAAUCUGAUCGACUUUCCUCCCUCCUUCAUGCCGUUAGAGAUGCAUCCUCAUUGAUUCAUCAUUGGCAGGGACUGCGAGACCGACUUUUGGUUUGGUGUUCACACUGUGAAGUUCAGGUGCAACAGAUCGAGAACAAUGCCCUGACUGGAGAGACUGAUGCCGUAGAAGUUCUGAGGCAAUUAUCGGAAGAUUUGCAAGUUUUGGAGAAUGCGAGAGCCGAAAUAAGAGAACUAGGCCGUGCUCUCAUUAAGCAAGGAACAGUUGAUAUGCAACCACAACUGGAAGAGUACCUGCAAACCGAGGAUGAAGUCUUGCUGAAGAUGGCCCAGAUGCAAGUUCGACUAGCUCAAAAAGAACAAGACCAGCAGCAAUCAUCAGCUGUUGCGGCCAGCAUAAUAUUGGGCGCCGAAAAUAUUAGUCUCUCCGACUCCGGAAUAUACAGCUACCCGAUGGAAAAAGAAGCUCUCCAAGGAGCAGUUUCGUCUGUUUUCGACGAUAGUGCCAUCAGUUUAUCGGCUCCAGACGGUCGGAAGACUUCCGUUUCCGUUGAAACUGCCAGAGCUGCGUCUCCUUCAAAAGUCCCAUCAUCUAAACCUAUCCAGGAGACUCACUCUCUUUCCGUUGAGACUGUGAGAGCUGCGUCUCCUUUUAAGGUCCCGUCAACUAAACCUAUGCAAGAGAUUCUUUCCUUUUCCGUCGAAACUGCCAGAGCUGCGUCUCCUUCAAAAGUCCCACCAUCUAAGCCUAUCGAAGAGACUCAAGUAGCAGCAACGGGAGCCAAACAGCGCACCUACGCCGAUGUGGCGAAAACAGCGGUCGUUUCUUCUCCAUAUCAGAGAUCCACUCCACCUCCGGUUUCCGUCAAAUCUGACACGCAACGACACCUGGAAUUGGCUCUUGACGAGUGGAGGCAAAGAUUGGCUCGUCUGGAUCACUCGAUCAAAACAUCCAUCAGUACUGAACCGUCCACCGACGCCGCCAACGAAAUCGCCCGAAUGGUUGCCACCUGCCGGUCGUCACAUGACUUAACCCAACAUCUGUGUAACCGCCUCGUCACUGAAUCACCGACUAACGAAUCUCGACUGGAAGCGCUGACCCGACAAACGAUGGUCCUGCAAGAAGAAUUCCAGCAGCUUGAAAUGCUGGCCAAAUCGAAGGAGCGCAACUUGCGAGAUGAAAGCCCUGUUUUGGGACCGUCAAUUAGCGGGCAUGCGCUAGCAUCGCUACGCUCCUCGUCCACUGCUGUCGGUGGGAAAUCAACUUCAUGUCCCCUGUGUUCCAGGAAAACAUGGGCUCAACAAGAGCAGGAUCUUUGGCGACUGGAAAGAUGGCUGGAGCACGCAGAAAAUCAAUUCCGUACUCACGAACGCAUUCCGACUAACAUGGAACAACUGGAAGAUACCGUCCAAGACUUCCGAGAACUGUCACUCGACUUGGAUAGUCACAAAAAUAUUGUCAUGUCGCUAAAUAUCGUCGUCAACCACGUCGCUGAACACGCCGUAACCGCCGAUCAGCGAGCUGCCGAUCGUCUUCGAAGUCGAUUGGCCGCGGCCAAUAGCCGUUGGGAUGCUGUGUGCAAGUCGGCAGCUCGCAUCCAAGCCAGACUUCAAUCAUCUCUCAUGCAGAACGAAGAAUAUCACCGUACCAUUCGUGACCUCGUCACUUGGUUGGAAAGAACGGAAACGGAUAUUCAAGGCGCCGAACCCAUCGACCUGACCGUGGGCACUAAACAGCUGAAGGCUCAGCUGACGAAAUUCCAGGAUUUAUACGCCCAACUGAGUCAAUUUGAACCACGCGUGACGUCUAUGCGGGAAAUUGCUGACCAAGUUUUCGCUCAGUCGGUUGAAGCGGACAGUGCGCAACUCAGAUCCAAAUUGGCCGUCUUGAACGAUCGUUUGACCUCCUUGCUAAAGAUCUGUGCUCAGUACAAGCAAUUACUGGACGGAGCAUUGCGUAACCGGGGAGCUUCCGUCUCGCCGUCCACUCCAUCCGGAUUGAACUUAAGCGGAAUGUCGUCUCCUGGCUGCAAGUCACCGCGCCCUUCCAUCGUUGUUUUACCAUCACAUGAGUCACCAAGUCGGGCGUCAUCUCCGAGAGUUCCCCGCGCCUCGUCCAUGGACGAGCGUACAUUUACCAGCACAGUUCAUUCCAAUUUUGCUGUUGCGACUGCUUCAGCCCUAACGCCGGAACGGGAGGAAUCAAGUGGAAGUGCUGCUGCUGCGGCUGCCGUGGACACGAGCGUAUUGCAGCGUGGUUAUCGCUUCUUCGGACGGGUGAUCCGCACGGCGCUGCCCAUUCAAGCCGUGAUGCUUCUGGUCCUGGGCGUCGCUUCCCUGGUACCAAGUAACAACUCUUGUAUGGAUGCCAACACGUUCGUCGAUUCGCUCGAGUUCGUUCUCGGCUAUCCGGACGGGGCACCGCCUACUUAAACAAAACAAAUAACCACGCCUUUGCAAAUCUCCCAAGUUUCCUCUCUAUCCCGUUUACUCCCACUCCCCCUUUUGAUUUAGAAGUUGCUAUAUCCGAUGGCUUUGAUGAUGAUGAAAGGAAGUUUAACGCCGGUGCUACCCUCCACAAAAUUGACAAAUUAUUGAAUGAGGGGAAGGAGGGAAAGAGACUUCAUAUUUAUCUAAAGACGACCGUCAAAGAAAAUGUUGCCAAAAUUUGAAGAAGAAAUUAUUGUCAUUGCGCUUUAAAAAAAAGGAGCGAAAACGAAAUCAGAGGUGGAGGCCAUCUACCAUUUCCCCAGAUCGCGAAUGUAUUAUUUGUUUGUUUUUGGCGUGGUAAUGAGAGAGAAAUUUGUAAACAAAAAAAUUACGGUGAUAGACAUUUUCGUUUAAAAAAAUUCGUGUCGCGUUUCUGGGGGUAGAAAAGUAAAUGUAAGAAAAGAGAAAAUUAACUAACACAAUGCUGCCGGCGCUUUAAUAUUAGUACGUCUUCAACCGCACACACGUGAAAGGAAAAUUUGCAAAAUUCUGAUAAUGGGCCCUUAUCAAUUCGGUUGUGCUGUGUGUGUGCGUGUGUGUGUUUUUUUUUUUCCAUGUCAGGAAUUGAGAAGUUAUUCAUCGCUAAUCCGGCCAUAUCAAAAUUCUAAUAUUUCUUUCUAGGAAAAGAUGAAACGAAACUUGUCACUCGGCGGAGUGGAACACGCCGUUUGCCGACUUUUGUUUUGUUGUUUUCCGACACAAUUUAUUGAGAUCUUUAAAGACAUUAACAGAGAUUUCAAAUUUGCCCGUGUUCUACGGUUCUGUUUCUUUAUACCCACCAUGAAACCCAUAUGUGCUCUUCAUGAUGCUACAUGCUAGUUACAAGCUAUUACUCUCGGUUCUCUCUUAUAGACUCUGCCUCUAGUCUCUUCGAUGUAAUCCCUCUUUUCAUGGUUUUCUUUUUACCAGAUUUAACUUUGGUUUUCUUUCCUUUUCUCACUGUACGCCUAACCUCAAAAAGACAUUUAUUUCUUUUCAAAUGUAAGAAAACUGUUGUUUUUUGUUUCAUUAUUAUCAAAUCCUUUUUUUUCUGAAUCAGCAGCUAGCCCCAAACCCAGCAUGUCUAUUGUUACAUAAUGUAUCGCCUGACACGUCGUAAUACUUAUUAUUGGCCGCGGGACAUUGAUUUUUCUUGUGGGAAAUGUUGCGGACGCCGGUUAGGCCACCGCCGACGUUGCAUUCAUUUUGACUGUUCUUUCGCAUGUAAUAAGGAAGGAAAAAAGGAAGUGAUGUUGAAUACACGUUGAUUUAUUCAUUAUAA